GGGGAAGCUCUCCUUGGCACAGUCCUGGCUUGCCACUUGCUGCAGGUUCCUGGGCACAGGCUUGCAGAGGCGGUGGGUGGUGGAAGCGGAGGCGGCGCUGGGCUGCAGAACAGCUGCAGGAGACACACACAGAGAGAGAGGCUCAGUAUCUGCAAUGCUAGGAGUCCUACAUCAGCCACUGACCCCACUGGGAGACAGCCCUGCAAACCCCACAAAUCUGCUUCCAAACUGCCUCCCUCUGCCCUGUUAACAGGGGGAAUAGCCAGCCCUCUAUAACCCUCAAAUCACUUCUGGAUCCUGGAAAAGAGAGCCUGUGCACUGCUUUGGGACUGACAUGGGAUUUCCUCAAUCCACACUGCAUUGAGGGGCAUUUAAAUACCAGGUAAGGAUACACAGACUCUACUUUAUUCACUUUAUGAUGUGUGCAGCCUGACAGGACAAGGCUUGCCAAGUGGGGAGUUAUUUUAUUUAAUUGUGGGAGUCAAAAGCAAUAAACUGUUGUACGUCUGACGUGCAAGCUGAUUCUGUGGACUGUAACUCUCAGUAUGCUCAGUCAGCCAUGGUGUGAUGGGAGUUAUACUUUGCAGGGUAUAAGCAAUGGGGAGGGAUGCUAAAUUGGCAAAACCAGACUCUAACCCAGACCAGAUCUUAACCCCAUGUUGUGUUUGGGUGUGAAUGGUUUAUGAUUGUGUUGUGUUGUGUGGUGUUAUUUUUGUUUAUGGCAUGUUGUGUUUGGCUGCAUUGUAUCUGAUUGCAUUUUGUUUAGUUGCGCUGUAGUUUAUGAUGUUUGGUUAUAAUGUGGUUUAUUGUGUUUUAUUUGCUUGUGUGUUUGGCUGUAUUGCUGUGUUUGGUUUUAUUUUGCUUGCUUGCAUUGCAAUGUCAGUGUGGAUGUAUUGUAGUGUAUACUGUUUGGUUAUAUUUACUUUGCUGUGUUAUGUUUAGUUAUAUUGUGCUUUUUAUGUGGCAGUAAUGGACUUGACUUGUAGAAAUUUAACCCUCUAGGUUCUACCUUCAAGUCUCUUAGAGCUAAUCCCCAUCCUUACACCAAAGGUGCGUGCAGAUUGGGAUUUCUGUGCAGGUUGUGGGGAUGUAUGUUAAAUGGCAUUUAGUGUCUUUUAUAAUGAGAAUCCCCAUGUAAAACCCAGGCUGAUAAUCCCAUCAUAUCUGUCCAGUGUGAGUAUGUGGGAGUGAAGCUGGUCACAAUGUUACCCUGUAGGUACUGACACCAACAGGUAGGAGCCUUAGCCAUUCAUUAAUAAUUGGAAGCAUUUAUUAUCUGCCUUUAGAAUUACACCCCUGAGUUUGAGUUUUACAUUCCAUAUUUAUGUAUAGAAUCUGAGAUGAAAGAAAUGUAUAUACAAUGUGUAGCAGAGAGCUGAUAUUCCACAGGUUAUCUCCACUCAAGAUCCCAGUGAGGCUCAGGAACAAGUAUUAAAAAUCAAUAAGGCAAUAAUUACAGCAGGCAAAACAAUCCACAAUCCAAAAAUAUUCCAAUAUAAAUCCCAAUGACUGGACGACACACAGCAUCAGGAGCAGAACUGAACUUUUAAUCACUCAACCUUCUUUUAAAGCUUUCUCCCAUGCAAGGGAGGGAUUUACAGUAAUUAUACAAUACACCAAUCAUACAUGAGGUGCCACCCAGACAUCCCCUCCCCUUAGUAUGACUCAUAAUCCCAUUAUGCAGUACACAGUUCCCCUGGUUUUCUAGAUGUACCCCUAAAAAUAGGGGUACCCCUUUAAAUAUUACAUCCCCUGGUAGCCCUGAUCUGGGUGAGAAACAUAUUCAAAAAUCACCCAGAUCAGACCAGGGGUUCGGGAAAUUCCUGGAGGUAGUAAAAAGACAGACCGCGCUGGGAUUAACAGCCAAAAUGGGUUCCAUACAUUUUUGCCCUGCGGUCAGUCACAGAAAAAGGGAACAAAAUGCCCGAACGGUUUGGGUUAUGGAGACUGGGGAGGAUUCGGAUAAACCCCCUUGUUUGUGGGGUUCUUUCUACCGAACGGGGAUCCGUUCAGUAGUUUCUACACAAAGUAUCACAUAUGUUUGCCUAACAGGUGUUUGCCUAACCGAGUGUCCGAUUUGGGUUCCAGACACUCGACAGCAAAACACCGCUGUUCGGGAGUUUAAGAUGGCCGCCGCCACGUGUUCGUCUCCCGAAUGGCGGCCACCCAGAGGACAAAGCACACACUGCACUGAUUGCCAAUUACCCUUUUACAACAUUGUUGCGAACGGUAAUUGGAGACACACUUAUUUCUCGGGUGGUCUGAUUGUUCGGUAGUUUCAGUCGCAUAAUAACUGGAGUGAUUUUACCGAACAAUCAGGCGAAUGCUGCAUACACUUUACAUACAUAUGGCAAAAAUUAACCGAAAACAUACGAAUAUACAUAAUUCUGAGGACAGCCCAAUGCCAUCCGCUACACAAUGUAUUCAGCUUUAGUGAUUGUCACUGCCAUGGAUUAUGUAGGAGUCUCUCUAAGACAGGGGUGGCUAAAAGGUUGAUCCACCGGGUCGUGUCGCACCAUAACUACAAUGUUACCUUGGCAUUCUGACCUCUCUGUGAAGUACUGCAUGAGACUGGAUUCCAAGGUCUUGGGGCUUCUUUUAUGGAAAAGAUAUGUAGUGCAGGUUGUAGCAGACCCUGGGUAACCCGACUGGUUACAUCCGCUAUUAAUGAAUAAAGAGACCCAUAACCCCCCUCCACCCCCUCACCCCCAGUAACUGGACGACACACAGUUCUAGGGGUACAACAACAACUUUAUUUGGCCACACUAAAGGGGUAGAACACACAUAAAGAGAAUGUCCCCUCACAGGGUACUCCCCCUCCCAGGGGUCAUAUAACGGAUCCGGAACCCCAGUCCGUUUGUCUCUUGUUCCGCCACUCAGUGACCCCUCCCAUGGCCCCCACCCUCUCAGGGGUCUCCUGAUGAAAACGGAACUCUCUUUUUCCCCUUGUACCCUGUUCCCGCCACCCAUCCUCAGGGAUUCCCACCUCCGGUGAUAAGGGAUCUCCAUCCCAUGAGCCUCUGUACCCGGGAGCCCCAGCGGGGGAAAGCUGCCCGCCUCUUUGGCUCCUAGCUACAGAAAGCCCACCAAACCACCAUUCCCCCCAAAGAGGGUCCCCAACAUCCUCCAUUCGCAAGGUCCCUGGGUGAAACCAGGCAAGGGAAGCAUCUCUAUUCGUGAUACAAAUGCUCCCCCUGGCCGGCGUUCGUCUAUACGAACGGCGGCCACCCAGGGAACCACUUAAUUAAUUACUUCACUUGCGGCCUCACACUUAUGUUGCAAGUUGCUAACGUUCUAAUUGAUUGGUGCGAACACUCCAAGGGGCACUGGGAAGGUCCUCGUUCGGGUACCGAAUGAGGUGGGAAGCAAUCCACAAAUGCUGCCCCUGCAUGGCGUUCGUCUAACGCACGGGCUGACACCCAGGAGAGGCAUGCGCCGAAGCUUCCCUUACGAGAUGCGAAUGUUCUAAAACAACAUUCCGAAUGAGAUUUCAGGAUACUCCCCGUUCGGGAGGUGAAUAAAUUCCUUUCAUGGCGGUCCUCCUGAACAGGGAGCAGGCAGUUUAGAACCAACACACAGUAAACUACAGGCGCAAGAUAGGGCAAAUAUACGAAAGGGAGGGAGAACCCCUGCCAAGACAGCACACACACAACAGUGAAACCAGGAAAAUUCACAGUACGUAUACAUACCAUGAAAGGAUACUCCAAAUGGAGCUCAUCAGGCAUGGCAUACAUACUAAGAUGCAACAAUCUGGUGUUUGGAGAAUGGAAGGACAAUAUAUGUUGUAUUACUCACACUUUAUAUUAAUGUGUAAUUAUUUAAAAAUAGUGUUUUUAUUCACCUUUUUUUCUCCCCACGCCGUGCUGGUCUUCCCAUGACUGGCCCUGCCUCUAUGGCUGAGAUCAUCAAGCUUGAUGAUCUCAGCCAAUCCGAUGCUUUGCCAUAGGAUUGGCUGCAAAACGCUACACCAAUCAGCAUCUCCUCAAUGUAUCUCUAUGGGGAACGUUCAGCGCCUCCAGAGCGUGGAGGCCCUGAAUGUAGGUGCUGCACACUGUGCAGCACUGACACAGGGAGCACCUCUAGUGUCUGUCUGAGUGCCUGUCACUAGAGGUGUUACUAGGAAGCAAUGUAAACACUGCCUUUUCUCUGAAAAGUCAGUGUUUACAUUGAAAAGCCUGCAGGGACAGGCUAUAUACACCAGAACCAUUACAUUAAGCUGUGUGUGUGUGUGUGUGUGUGAGUGUGUGUGUGUGUGUAUGUGUGCCUGCUAGUGAGUGAGCUUGCUUGCAUGUGUGUGUGUGUGUGCGUCUGCUAGUGAGUGAGCUUGUGUUUUUAUGUCAAUGUGCUUAUGUAUAUCAGUGACAUUGUUUGUCUAUGAGGCUGUGUAUCAAUGAGCUUGUGUGUGUCAGUGAGAUUGUCUGUGUCUGCAUGUGAGUAUGCUUACUGUAUAAUUAAACGUUUUACUCUGAAAGGACCAAUAUUUUAUAGUAGAAAAAGCAAUAUAUAUUUGAUAUAUAUAUAUAUAUAUAUAUAUAUAUAUAUUACUCAAUCAUCUGGGGUGGCAAGACAUAGCCUUACAUAUUACAUGCGACAAUAUAUGGCGCAAUGACUUAUGGGGCUGGCAUAGAUUUUUUUUCCAGGGCUGCUUUGUAUCCCCAGUCCGGCCCUGGCUGUAAUAGUUAUGGUGCCAGGAGUGCCCUUGUGCAUUCCAAGGUAAGAAUUCAAACUGUUUGCUAAUAGUUUUAACAGCUUACCUGGGACCUGCCAGGUGCCAUCCACUUCCUCCAUUGAGAGGCAGAAGCUACUGUGUGGCUCCUGAACCAAACCCUGCCAUGAGAUUAUCAGCUGAUCCCUGCACCCGGCAGACCGCAGGUUAAUUGUCAAAUGUUAACAAACUGCUUGACUACUUACAUCGCGGUGUACCAGAGUUCUACUGGCACAAUCACCACUACAGUUCACUUGUAGUGUUCCUUUAAAGCUUAAUUGAAAAAGGCAUGCUAGUUACAAGUUUAACCCGUUGAUUGCCAGAGCUGUGACGAUCAAAGGGUUAAAUGGAAAGUGGAUACUUUUUGAUGGAUUUAUUUCUCUGUCAUACAUAUUAAAGGCACCAAGACAAAUUUAUCUCAAUGAAGCGGUCUGAGGGCAGAGGCACUUUAGUUUUAAACCUGCAAUCUGUAACUUAGCUGUUCAGUAGAUACCGCAAUGUUAAUACGCCUCCUACCAAGUCAGACUUGUUUAUUCCAUCAAAUGCAGCUUAUAGAGCGCAUGUGAUUGGCGCAGCAUGGCGUUUUACAGAGCACGUGCACUAGCUUCCCAAUGCUUCCCUAUAGAGAAACAAUUGGAUUGGCUGAGAUCAUCAAGAAUGAUAACCUCAGCCAAGGAGGUGGAGCAGGGCAGAGACUGGCAUGGCGAUGAAAUAAAUGGCUUUACUUAUUUCAUUGAGGAGGGGAAGGAGGCAAUAAUCUGAGUAGUUACUUGGACACUAUAGCUUUAAGGUUACAUGUUUUUUCUUGAUAUGGUUCAGCUUCCCAGAGGUGUCUAUGGACAUAUAAUUCAAUAUUGUAAAGUGCUGUGGGAUAAGUUGCUGCUAUGUAAAUGCCGAUAAUAAUAAUAUAAGCUCAUUAUAUUAUCUUAAUUACACGGGUUUGCUUUGUUUGUUUUUUACUAAACUCUGAAUUAUAGUGAAUUAAAAACCAAAACUAUAGCUGAGUUAGAGAUUCUUUUUCCAGACCAGCUAUAUUAGCCCGCAGUAUUUGUAUUUUAUUUGCUACAAUUCUGAGUUAAGCAGAAUCUAUAGUAUUAGGAAUACAAAUCUGUAUUCCUAAUGCUAUAGAGCCCUCUGGUUACCCCCCUCACUCCCCCUCCCCCUUCCUUGCCCCCCCCUCCCCUUCCUCGCCCCCGCAUCUAAAGCGUUAAAAACCGUUUAGUAACUUACCCGAUUCCAGUGCAGAUUUCCCUCGAGGCUUGGUUUGCACUCCGCCUUCAAUAACCUCAUCAAACAGGGGGUGGGGGCAUGCCUGGUGAGCGCUGUGAGCACAUUAGGCCCUCCGCAUAGGAAAACAUUAAAUGCUUUCCUAUGGAGAUUUUACUGACACUGGAUAGGGGACCAAAUGUCAGUUACCCACCAGGAAGUGCUGGUUGACAUUCUUAGUCCUGCAAUGUAAUUUAUUGCAGUUUCUCCAAAACUACAAUGAUUUAGAUUACAGGACUACGUGGGACUGGGACAAUGAGAUUAAGUGGUCUGGGUGCCUAUAAUGUCCCUUUGAGUGAAAAAAACACCAAUAGAAAACACUGGUCAUACAUACUUUAAAGUAUUUUUACUUCUUUAAUGUAUCACUUUAUUGAAUAAAUAAUAAAUAGCAAGUUGCCUACUGACUUGAAAAAUUUAGCUUAAAACAGAAAAUCUGGAAAACAAAUUCUAAUCAGAUAAGUCAUCUCAGCUUUUUGGUCUGUAUUUUUGAAAUUGUUAGUAAUUUUUUGACAUUAUUGAGAGCGGAACACUAUACCCAGCCCUUAGUAACUAAUCUCCAAAAAUUGUAACUAAUAAUAAAGAAGAAAGUAAGAAUGAUCUCAAACAGUGUUUAGUAAUAGUGCAAAGUAGAGUCCCUUAGAAGGACAAGGUAUAUAUCACAGAUUCGCAUCUGGGCACAGUCCCUUAGGUUAGUGCUCUGGCAGGUAAGGCUUUCUGAGAUGCUUGGGGAGUUAACUAUUUGAUGUCACCAGGGUCCAACUUGGACAAGCCUCAUCCAGCCGUUGUCGGGGACACCAUGAAUCUCCUGAGAGCAUUGUGCUCUAUAGGUAGUCCCUUUGCUUGUGAAGAGAAGUACACAUGGGAUCCUCCAUCUUCUUGCAUAGAUCUUCCAACAUGCUUUUGAGCAGAACCGCUGUAACAUGGUCCCCGGUUUUCGUAGGUUUGGCUUUAUGCUCCAGUUCUGGGCCAAAUGAUGCCCCCUCACCACGAUCGAUAGCAAAUUUCUCCAAGGAGUAAGAAGAGGGGUCAUGUACCAGCGCCAUUUUGUCUCAUGCUGCCGUCUGUGAGCUCCGCAGCAGAUCUCCUACAUCCCUGCUGUUAGAGCCUUUAUUGACUCUUGCUUUUUGGAUAUGCGGCCUUAUUAAUUGCGAGGUGUGUCGUCGAUUUCAAAGCCAUUUAACUAGUUAAUCUUCAUUAUUAUAUUGACAUACAAGCAUCUAGAAACUAUGGACAAAUUUUGCUGCCUAAUGUGUCUCUUUAAUUCUGCAAUGGAAACAUUGCCGUUUCUACAAAAAUGCAAUGUUCUACAUUGCAUGGCCUACAACUAAAGUCCGCUGCGUCCAAACCAUGUCACUGAGAUGAAGUAUCUUUAGUGGUCCUUUAAGCAAUUUAUGUUCCAUACACAGUAUUACAGGUGGGAUGUGUAUGGAUGUCUGAAGUGUCAGUGUGUGUCACGGCCCCUCGGCUGGGCCAUUGGGGAGUCCAUCUCCUUCACACGCGGGAUCCAAAAUAUCGCUGACCGCGAGGUCGCGUCCAUUUAAAGCCCCGCUUCCAAAAAUUAUGCAUCACGACGUCAACGCACACAGACGUUCUGGGGUCAGUGCCCAAGCUCUGACCAAUCACAGCCCAAGGAGGGCUUCAUUCCUUGUAAACACAGCUUUUUCAAGGCUUCUUGCAGAAUUUAAAUUAAUAUAGUAGUAUAUAUCUGCUAUAGUUUGACUGGUUAAAGUGUACCUGUCAUGGUACAUGCUAUGUUUAACUUAAUAUUUAACAUAUAGAUGUUGCUAGCAGAAUUGCUAGAAUUUUUAAACCCCAGAAUACCAUAGCUCAUUGCCCUGUCGUGGUUUCUGUUCCUGGUAUCCGAGAGUAAGUUUUCCUGAUCUUGUUAUUGAUAUUGCUGGUUUUUGACUUCGGCUAUUCCUGACUAUUCUAAUUUCUGGUUUUCCUGACUUGGCUUUCUUAUCGAUCUUGUGUGUUUCCGGCUCCCUUGACCUCGGCUUUCCCUUGACUAUUAUCUAUUCUUCAGCGUAUUAACCCGGCCAUUCUAAGGCCCGGUUCACGUUCUGUCUGUUUUUCUAUUCUAUGUAGAUGUUACAUAGUUCUGCGUGUUGGAUCAUAUAGUUGUCGUGAUAUAAAGUAUUGUCAGUAUAAGUGUACUUGUGUAUGUUUUACUUUUAAACUCUAGUGCGAAUCCCCUAACUGCCUAACUGCACGUUAAAUAUAUAUAUAUAUAUAUAUAUAUAUAUAUAUAUACACCCACAUACACACACUCACCGUAUAAGAGAGUAGUUUAUAAUUAUUAUAACGCAUAAUCUGUUAAUAUGACCCAUAUUUAUAUAAGUGCCUGAAUGUAAUACUAAGCCAUUUUGAAUGUGACUUGCACUUUCCGAAGAUCAAGCAUUACAAAGCAAAUUAAUUUGGCAAUCAGAGUAAAGUAGACGAUCAAUAGAAGGUGAUUAUCAAGAUGCUUGGAUUAAUUUCUUGCUUGAAUCAUUCCGUUCUCAAGCUUACAUCUCAAACCAUUGAUUUUUACUUCAAGCUAUAGAUGGGAACGUCUGAUUGGAAACUCUGUCAUGGAGUAGCCUCUGUAAUCAUGAUUUGCAAGAAAGCGUGGUUCAUUCCUUGUAAACACAGCUUUUUCAAGGCUUCUUGCAGAAUUUAAAUUAAUAUAGUAGUAUAUAUCUGCUAUAGUUUGACUGGUUAAAGUGUACCUGUCAUGGUACAUGCUAUGUUUAACUUAAUAUUUAACAUAUAGAUGUUGCUAGCAGAAUUGCUAGAAUUUUUUAAUUUAAGUGCCAAUUCUUCCCCUCCUCCCCAAAUGACAGAUGAAACUCAAAUGGCAGAUGAAAUUUAAUGUAGAGAAAGGUUAGGCACUUUGGGGUAAAGAAUAAACAAGCAACUUACACCCUAAACGGUAGUGAUUUAGGGAUAAUAACACACGAAAAGGAUUUUGGAAUUGUUAUAGAGAACAAACUUGGCAAGAAUAGGCAAUGUCAAUCAGCACUUGCUAAGGCCAGUAAUGUAUUGUCAUUAGUGAUGUCCCGAACGGUUCGCCACGGACUCAUCAUUGAGUAAACUUUGACCCUGUACCUCACAGUCAGCAGACACAUUCCAGCCAAUCAGCAGCAGACCCUCCCUCCCAGACCCUCCCAUCUCCUGAACAGCUAAGAAUGCAGCUUCACAAUGGAUGCUGUCCAGGAGGUGGGAGGGUCUGCUGCUGAUUGGCUGGAAUGUGUCUGCUGACUGUGAGGUACAGGGUCAAAGUUUACUCAAUGAUGAGUUCGUGGCGAACCGUUCGCGAACCGUUCGGGAUAUCACUAAUUGUCAUGUAUAAAUAGGGGCAUUAAUUUCCAGGAUGAAAAUAUCAUUUUGCCUAUUUAUAAAUCAAUAGUAAGACCACACCUUGAAUGUGCUGUGCAAUUUUGGGCACAUGUUCUAAAGAGGGAUAUUAUGGCACUAGAAAAAGUGCAGAUGCAGGCUACAUAAUUAAUUAAUUUAGAAAAACAGUCUCUCAGAUGGGAUAUGAUAGCAUUGUACAAUACAAUGGGAAAUCUGUGAGUGGACAGCCACAGAAUGUCUCGGCUGGGGAAGAAGGGGAGGGCUUGCAAAUGCUGCAGACAAGAGAUCUGCAGGUUUUGCAUGCUGUUUACAGAAAUACCACCAAUGAAUACAUACAUGCACAUGUUCAUGGGUGUAUAUAAUGAUUUAAUUUUUUAAUUUUGGGCAGUAGAGUGUACUAAUAAAACCAGUGUGGCCUGAGAAGUCCAAGAAAUCAAAUCAAAUAUUUGAUUGGUGAACACACAAACAUUGUGCUGGAUGGUUUAGUUCCCCUCAUUAGACUGGACUGGACAGAGGCCACAUGACUCUCUUAGAUUGCACAAUCACUUUAUCUACUUUCUUCCCUCUAAGUUCUCCAUCCCUUCUGCCCAUGAGAAACAGGAGCGCUGACCUUGCACAGUGGAUUUCCAAGGUUGUAGUCAAGCUGCUGGAUCCACAUUUCUCUUUAAAUAUAUUGGCUAUUACAUUUUUUUCUCUGCUUAGCUGGACUGCCAAUACCACUAUGGCUCCAUCUGGAAACUUGCCUUGUAGUCGUUGUAGUCCUUGUUGAUAACGUUGAUUAUGAUGCUCCAGAAGGGAACCCAUGGAAUGUUAUGUGCUCCAUCUUUCUUAUAAACAUUUAUGGGGACCACGUGGCCCUCCAUACCUACAUUCAUUACAAAGAAUUCCUUUUCUGUGAUACAAGUACAAACCCAUGCCAAUGGUCUCAAUUACUAACUUUCAUCAAUCAGAUGCCAUUGUCGUAAUCAUCUAACAUCCAUACCUGCUCAAAUCUACCUAUCCUGCCUAAGCUUUUCUUUAGAGCCAGCUCAUAAAUCAAUAAAUAAAUCAAUAGCUAUACAAUAUAUGGUUUUAUCUCUAUUGUAAGCUACUUUUCUUAGAGACACUAUAGUCACCAAAACAACUUUAGCUUAAUGAAGCAGUGUUUGUGUAUUGAUCAUGCCCCUGAAGUCUCACUGCUCAGUAUUCUGCUAUUUAGAAGUUAAAUAACUUUUGUUUUGGUUUAUGCAGCCCUAGCCACACCUCCCCUGCCUGUGACUGACACAGUCUGCAUGAAAACAAAAUUAUUUUAUUUUCAGUCAGAUGUAACUUACUUUAAAAGUGUAUAUCUCCUGCUCUGCAAAUUGAACUUUUAAUUACAUACAGUAAAAUCCUGCAGGGUGUAGCAAGCUAUCAAUAGAGGAGGAAAUAAGAAAUUCCAACUAAAACAGAAUUUGCAAUAAAGAAAGGAUAAACUUUAGAUGACUCUUUACAGGAAAUGUUUAGGAUAGCUGUGUAAGUCACAUGCAGCAAGGUGUGUCUAGGGCUGCAUAAACAAAGUCCUAAAUGGUGUAGAAUUGAGCAGAGAGACUGCAGGGACAUUAUCUAUUCACCAAAAUGGCUUCAUUGAGCUAAAGUUGUUGUGGUGACCAUAGUACCCCUUUAAACUAACUGAAAGUUUUUUAAAGUGUCUGUCACCUCAAGCCUACCUUUCUCCUAUUGUUUCCUCUUCGUUUCCUCUUUCAGAAUCUGAAUCUUCUUUUCUUAAUUUCUGAUUUAUUUCUCAUUAAAACAUAAGACAAAGUAGAGACUACUUUGUCUUAUGUAUUAUUCCUCCGCUUAACAAUUGUGACAAAAGGGUGGAGGUUAAGGCAAGUUCCACUUCGUCUGUCGAGCUAACAAAGGGUGAAGCUUGCCUUCAGCUCCACCCUUUGUCAAGGUUUGCCAAGAGUAGGAAAAUGCAUAACUCAAAGUAGUCCCUACUUUGUCUUAUGUUUUAAAGAAAAAAAUAGAUCAGAAAAUUACAGGUUAUAAAAGAGUAAGGGAAGAUGACACAAUAAGAGAAAGGUAAGUCUGAGGUGACAGAGACACUUUAAAUUUGAAAGUCAUUCAUAUAUGAGCUCAAAAUAUAACUUUUAUUAUUUACAGUAUAAAAAAUACAAAAAAAAGGGGGGAAAGAAAAACUAAAACAACCAAGAUAUUACAAAUAACAUAAUAAAAUAGAUCUAUCUUGCUAUGUGAAAACACCCACUAUAUAAUUAUCCGAAGCUCUGCCUUGUAUGUGCCACCAUCUUUGUCAGUUGCAUUGCCAACAACUUCUGUGAGAAUUGACAAAACUUGACAACAGAAGCUCUGCCUCCUAUCAAGAUAAAAUAGUGCUUAUAUUAUCUUAUGAUACCUCACCUUAUCUAUGUGUUGGGAUUUCCAUGAAAUUCACACACUGUCGGUAAAAGUAGUAAAAUAUGCGUAAGUGGCAGUGUAGUGACAAAGGCCCUCUAAUAGUGGGUCUGUACCACUAAAAAACUGGCACCAUAACUACUGCGGUUGGCUGUAGUCUUUAUGGUGCUUAAUUACCCCUUUAAAUAAUUAAGGCAAUAGUGAUCUGAAAUAAUAUCUUGCAUAUUUAUUUAUUACCCUAUGCCGCAUUGUGUGGAUGCGGCAGUGGGGUGUCCUUUUUAAUAGCCCCAACAGGGCCAGAUUAAGAGCCGAGUGGGCCUGGAGCUGACAAUUAUGAGGGGCCUAAUUACAGAAUCUUAUUGACCAAAAACACUAAAACAACCAUACCUCCCAAGCAUCGUGUAUCUGAUGGAGAUGGUGUUGGAGGGAAAGGAUGCGGCUAUACGAAAACACAUACUCUAUGCUAAUCUCUCUCUAAUUUAUGCUUUCAUCUUGCAAGUAAAUCCAUACCCCCUAAUGGCAGUGUCCAGUGAAGCAGGAAGUCAAUGAGCAGGGUAAAAGGGUGUGCCACUGACGCAAAUCAGGUGACCAGACCUGCUAAAAGGGGUGAGCAUGCCCAAAAAGGGGGCAUGUUUGUCCAAAGAAUUGGAAGUCCAGCCUGGCAUGAAUGCAUGUCAGGCUGCUUGCCAAUCAUGCAGGCUGUCCAACUAAGGGCAUACUAUGCAGGCAGCACCCUGAGCUUGACAUAAAUGCAUCAAAUGAUGCGCCUACUCCACGCUUUCUAAGGACUGUCCCCUAGCACUCACAUGUCCACUUGUCUCCUUACCUUCUUACUAGCAGGCAGAAGUUCCUGGUAUAUAGUCUGGGGCAGAGUAAAGGUGUAUGUAGUGAGUGUAGAAGAAAGGGGACAUGCCACAGUGUUAGAGAAACCAAAGUCUGCAUUACCUAAACUAAUUUUAUUGUCAGCCAGUCCACACAAGUUUUGUUGCCAUACAUCCCUCUUGAGCUUCCAAACUUAAAGGGACACUAUAGUCACCAGAACAACUACAGCUUAUUGUAUUUGUUCUGGUAAGUAUAAUCAUUCCCUUCAGGCUUUUUGCAUUAUACACUGUCUUUUCAGAGAUAAUAACUCCACUAGCCACUCCUUAGAUGGUGCUUCCUGGGGCAGUACUGCCUAGUGUGCAGCACUGCCAUUCAGUGUAUCCACCCUCUGCAUGCAGACACUAAACUUUCCUCAUAGAGAUGCAUUGAUUCAAUUUAUCUUUAUGAGGGGAUGCUGAUUGGCAAGGGCUAUGUUUGACUUGUGCUGGCUCUGCCCCUGAUCUGCCUAUUUGACAGUCUCAGCCAAUCUUACGGGGAAGCAUUAUAAUUUGCUCAGACCACCACUUCUGAUUAUGUCAGUUAUAUUUAGGGAGGCAAGAGGGAGCCAGGGGGGCCAGAUGGUGGCUUUUACAUAAUAGGGUCAGAAAUACAUGAAUGUGUUCCUGACCCUAUAGUGUUCCUUUAAGCAAGAGUAUGUGAAGAGUAGUUAGGGUUGCCACCUUUCUUGGGAAAAAAAAUACCAGUCUUAAUCAUUUGUAUAAUUAAUUAGUUAUGCAUGACAUCACAUGAGGUAAAUCACAAGGAGUGAUAUAAGAGAAAAUUCUGUAAAAUCACCAACAAACUACUCACAGUUUGAUUCUGCUGUAUAGAUGAAUUGCUCCCAGUGUCUCCCUGGCUCCCAGUGUCUCAGUCUCACAAGUCACCCAGUGUCUCAGUGUCCCUAUGUAUUACAGUGUCAGUGUCCCCAUGUUGCCAGGUGUCCCCAUGUCUCAGUGUGUGGGACAUGGGGGCACUGAGACACUUGGGGACACUGGGAGACACUUGGGGGCACUUGGGGACACUGGGAGACAUGGGGGCACUUGUGAAUACAGACAUGGGGACACUGGGAGACAAGGGGACACAGACAUUUGGGGACAUUGGGAGAAAUGGGGACACUGAGACACUAGGGACACAGAGACAUGGGGACACAGACACUGGGAGACACGGGGACACUGAAACAUUUAGGGACACUAAGACACUAGGGACAUUAAGAGACAUGGGAGACUAGGGGACACUGGGAGACAUGGGGACACUGAGACACUAGGAAUACUUGUGGACAUAGACACGGGGACACUGAGAGACAUGGGGACACACACUGGGAGACAUGGGGACACUAAGAAACAUGGGGACACUGAGGACACUGGCUGGGAGACAUGUGGACACUGGGAGACAUGGGGACUCUGAGUCACUAGGGACACUGAGAGGCAUGGGGACACAGACACUGGGAGACUAGGGGAAACUGGGAGCCAUGUGGACACUGAGUCACUAGGGACACUGGCUGGGGGACAUGGGGACACUGGGAGACAUGGGGACACUGUGUCCCUAGUGUCUCCAUGUCCCAAUGUCUCAGUAUCUCCCAACGUCCCUAUGUCUCACAGCAUUCCCAUGUGUCUCAGCAUCCCCUAGUGUCUCUGUGUCCCCAUAUUUUCCAGUGUCCACAAGUAUCUCAGUGUCCCCAGGUCUCCCAGUGUCCCCUAGUGUCUGUGUCCCCUAGUGUCUCAGUGUCCCCAUGUCUCCCUGCUGCCUUUCCCCCCCAUUCCUCACUUACCUAAGCUGCUGUCUGGACUCACUGUGCUGUGUAGCUGCUCCCCCACGAAUCAGUGAGUAGUAGAGAGAGGCAGGGAUAUCCUGUGACUUCCUAUCCCUGCCUCUUUCCACACACAGUGACUCCUCCUGACCGGUGCUGGUAUUGCAGAGUAAUCUCUGUUUAUACUGAAAAAAAUACCUGCAUUUGUACUGCUGGUAUUACUGCAAUACCUGCACAGCCAGGCAGCCUCAAAUACAGUGCCAGUAAAAUACCAGUCAAACCUAAGAGUUGUGUGUAAAAAAAAAAAAAGUAAUUUUUUUUAUUUUUUAAAUGGGCCUAUUCCAUGGGCCUGGGCCUGGAGCUGCAGCUCCAUCAGCCCCUAUGUUAAUCCAGCCCUGAGCCCCAAAUAUUUUGUCACUCACCUGACAUAAAGCUUAAAAGAAUGAUGGAUUUCUGGAUAUAUAACACGAUGUAAUAAAAAAAUGUAAAAAUCAUUUCCCAUUCUCCCAAUCUCAAUAAACUCAUCCAAAGCAAAUUUUGAAGCUACAGGGAUCACAUUUUUAAUUGUUAGUGAAAUUUUAUGUUUUGAAUGAUGCAUUCCCCACACAGAUAUUAUGUGGUUCUGUUAUUUGUUAAAGAACCGAGGCAAAAAGCCAAUUGAGCCACUGUCAAUAAUUACUUUAGCAGCAGAAUUGAGAACAUUAAUCAAUGCAGAUAUGACAAUAUUAGUAUUGAUCAGUCUUAUUGUAUAUCUAACAUAAUAAGUGCAAUGUUAAAGCACAUUAAAUUUAAAUAUGUAGUGCUGCCUUAGUCGUUAUAGUUUAGAAUAAUACGGAACUGAAAGUAAACAAUGUAUUUUUAGUCUGUGGAAUUCUAAUGGACGUAGACUACUGAACACACAUUUUAGGCGUGUUAAAAAUAAUAUGCAUCCAAAAAUGAUAAAGCAUGUAUUUGUUAAACUUCAUUACAAUUCAUUAUAUUUUAUUUCUGUCUGCACUCUGUCAAGUCAAGUCUCAAACUAUUUAUCAGGCCUUAAAAUAUAAUUGCCAUUGGAGUAUUCAUGGCUCCAAGGGUGAUAUUCUACUGGCAAGGGCUGAAUUUUCACUCGGCAAUGGCUACCAAUAUUAAAUGAUGUCGGAGGGUUUCAAAGGAACACUAUUGUGUUAGGAAUUCAAAACUAUAUAUUUAACACUACGGCGUCACUGUGCCUCUGCAUUUCCCCCUCCACCAACACGCGGCCAAUGUAAUGAUUACAAACCCUUUUUCACAUACCUAAAUCCAGUAUCAAGGUAAAUGGAUUGAGGUCGUUCUCCCGCGAGAAGGCGCUUCCUGCAGGUUCACAGAGUUUAUCUCCAUGAAACAAUGCUGGAUGUCUUCACGCUUUGUAUGAGGACAUCAAGAGUCUUAUAAAUCCCCAUAAGACAGCAAUUAUUCCAUACUUUCCAAUGGUGAUGACCUAAUUUGUGCACGGUGCUCGCCACACAUUAGGUUCAUGGCAAUGGGGGGGGAACCUAAUGUGUGGCGAGGGCCGUGCACAAAUUAGGUCAUCACCAUUGGAAAGUAUUGAAUAAUUGCUGUCUUAUGGGGAUUUAUAAGACGCUAGAUGUCCUCAUACAAAGCGUGAAGACAUCCAGCAUUGUUUCAUGGAGAUAAACUCUAUGAACUUGCAGGAAGCGCCUCUAGUGGUUGCUUGGAAGACAGCCACUAGAAGCUAUCUUAACCCUGCAGUUUAAACAUUGUAGUUUUCUCUAGGGUUAAGGAGACAUGGACAGUCCACCCAGAUCACAUCAAUUAGAUGAAGUGGUCUGGCGCCCACAAUGUCCUUUUAAUGAGUUUUGUGAAUUGUGUUGAGCCAUCCAUAACCUCUAGGAACAUAGUACAAAGUUGGGGAAUUAAAAAGUGAUAUUGCCUUACUGUGAAAUGUCAAUACAUAUUGAAUUUUUUUUUCCUUUUUUAUGCCUUGUAUAAAUUUGCUGCAGGUUUUUAUAAUGACACAGAGAGUAGAGUAUAGUUAAAGCCUUCAGGUUGCUUCCAAUUAUUUUAAUGCUUUUGUCAGUCUGUUGAGGACCGAGAACAGAUGGAUUUCCAGGAGUUAAUCAGUAAAUAACGUGAGUGGUAUAGGUACUUAAUUAAAACUGUGUAACUGUAGGUGCUAUAAAACUCUGCGGAUAUCCCUGUUUGCUGUAAACUUGAGUUCGAUGUACCAUGCCUAGGAAGUAUGCAGUGCACCAUGACGCUGUCCCAGGUUCUUAGGUGUAACCCAUUCACACACUCUAUGGUUUGAAAUGAUUGGGAUUCCGUUAUACCGAAUGUGAUCCACAUGCUCUUUAUUGAUGUAUACCUUGCAGACACUUGCUUUGUUACAAGUAUCUAAUUAUGCAGAGAAUUCUCUUAGUUAUUGUAUGCGUCCCUUGACUUUGCAAUGUACUCUCUGUUUUCACCCUAUUUCUUCUAAAACUUUUGAACAAAUCUUUCAAUAAAAUAAAACAAAAAAAAACACUCAUCCUCAUUAGUGAUGUCCCGAACGGUUCGCGAACGGUUCGCCGCAGACUCAUCAUUGAGUAAACUUUGACCCUGUACCUCACAGUCAGCAGACACAUUCCAGCCAAUCAGCAGCAGACCCUCUCUCCCAGACCCUCCCACCUCCUGGACAGCUCACUAAGAAUGCAGCUUCACAAUGAAUGUAAAAUGGUUGCUGUCCAGGAGGUGGGAGGGUCUGGGAGGGAGGGUCUGCUGCUGAUUGGCUGGAAUGUGUCUGCUGACUGUGAGGUACAGGGUCAAAGUUUACUCAAUGAUGAGUCCGUGGCGAACCGUUCUCGAACCGUUCGGCGAACCGUUCGGCCAACCGUUCGGCGAACCGUUCGGGACAUCACUAAUCCUCAUAUGUAAAUGCAAAUAGGGUUGAAACAUAUAAAAGCAAAUCUAUAUUUUACCACCACGUGGAUUCUCCUUGCUGUUCCACUAUCCAACAUUCUACGGAACUUCUCCUGUGAUGUUGCACUAUGUGGGUUCAGAUUUUAUUAGAUAUUAUAGAGACUAUUUUACACUAUUGUUGUUUUUUUCUUUUACAUGUUUCUCCCCUUUUUCUAUGUACAUAUGAAGGGUGGGUGUUUUAUGGAGUGCUUUUAGUCUCAUAUAAUGCUUAAAGGAACACUAUAGUCACCAGAACCAUUACAGCUUAAUGUAGUGAUUUUGGUAUCUAUAACCUGUCCCUGCAGCCUUUGCAUUGUAAAUCCUACCUUUAUAGAUCACCACCUCCAGUCACAGUCACACAGACCGCCACUAGAGGUGCUUCCGGGGUCAGUGCUGCACUGAGGUGCUGAAUGCUUCCCAUAGAGAAGUCUUGAUUUGACUUGUGCUGAUGGUAAUAAAGUAAAUUAAAUGGCUUAUUAAAACUUUUUUUUGGGCGUGGUGGAGGGGGUAGGAGGGGGAGAUAUCUAGGUUGCCCAAUAUAUGUCUAUCAUAAGGAAUACAGGUGUGUGUCCCUAAUGUUAGAUUGUUCCUUUAAUCUGGAGAUGUUUGUCAUAGCUCUUACACGGUGUUUUACUGGAAACUAUUGCACAGGUGACAUCACCAUCCAUUCAGAAGGAGGUUCUAAAACAUGACCUGUCUGUUGAAAUAACAGUGAGUCUGUUAGAGUACUACAGGAGAGAAUAUAUGAAUUAUCAUGGACUGUAACUAAAUCCACAAGUUAGAUACUUAAAAAACCUUUUAAGAAUGGUGUUUGAUUUCAAUUUGAUUUGAAGUUGACUGAACUGGAUUGAAAACCCAUCAAUGCCUUUUAUCCAGAGAUACAGAGAAAGUGAAUUUUUUGUAUUGUAUCAUAUUUAACACAAAUGUACAGUUAUCUUCCAAAAAUCUAUCUAUCUAUCUAUCCAUCUGUCUGUCGUGCUGUCUGUAUAUCUAUAUAUCUUAUAAGUAUAUCCCAAACAAUAUACAAUCAAUAAAUAAUAUAGAAAGCAAUAGUACUUAGCUUAUAAAGAUGUAUGACAGCCUCCCUAGGUCGUUACCCAAACAAGCGACCUAUAUCAUAUAUAGUAUAAACCAAAACAGAGAAGAUUCGGGAUAUGGCUGUAUAAAUCUACAGAGAAAGCAUAAAACAAAACAUAGUGUGAUAUUGUUAUAAAACACAAUAUUUCAUGCGCAGUAAUCUUGUGCACUCACAGGAUGUAGGCAGUAAAAGCGCUCUUAAGGUGCCUUCCCCAAUGGAAUGGGGGGCUAGCUGGUGUUCCUUAUCACCUCUGGAUCCUUGUAUCACCAAAAGACAUCCACAGGUCAGGGUUCAGUAAUAAAAAAUUUAUUUAGAUAAAAAGUGUAGUCACCAAUUCAGCAUAGGAUACAAAUAACAGAAGGUUGUCCUACGUGUUUCGUUCUAUAAGAACUUCCUCAGGGACCACAAUUAAAAACAAUAAUAACAAUGUAUCAAUGUACAAUACAUAAACAUAUCCUAUACACAUCCCCCCUCCCUGUGUCCUUAAAUAGGGCUAAUCCCUAAAGUCUAUUGGUGGAUCCAGUAGGCGUGUAAAUCCUCCUUGGUUCUAAUUGGAGGACUGAUCUUCCUGUGGCAGCUGUUUGUCAUCCAUUCAUUUUCCAUAAUUUGUAAUUUGCGCCUUUUUCGGCAAAUACCGGAAGUGGUCAUAAUUUGCCGAAACCGGAAGUGACGUCGCGGGCACGUCCGCGUUCCACAUGCGUUCCACCAGUAACGUCUCCAUGGCAACCGGGCGCGAUCAAGUCAUUCAAAAGGUCAAAUGGAACACAGGACAAAUAAAAAGCCCCAUUCUGCUUGAGAAAAAAAAACUGUUAACCAUUUUUAACAUAUUUAGCCGUUAUUUAUGUAUAUAUAUCUGUUGAGUAUCACCCUCCUCAUUAAUCCCAUCACACAACAUAAUGUUAAUCCUCAUAUUGUACCAAGUAAUCAUAAUAUCUCAGUAUAUUAUAAGCCUAAGGCUUCGUAUUACAAAGUGAUCAUAUUUCCUAUGUCUAUUAUUUAAAAGGUUUUUAUUUAUUUUUUUUUUUAUUUUUUUUUUAUAUAACUUUAUACAUUGUUAAUCAAAGUGAACACCGUAAUCAAUUCAUCACUGUAUCAGUUUAAACUUCAAUUUGUCGUGUUAUAUAUUUGUACUCCCCAUAAAAAUCUUUGGGAUAAACCUAUUAUACACAUUGAAAUAAUCCAUUGCUAUGGUUACACAAAAAAGGGGUUAGUAGAUUGUGGCUACAAAAUAACUACUUCCCAUAUAAACUUUAUUUAGUGAAUCUACCACAUUCAAUUUAUACCAGCUCUAAAAAACCUUAGAGCAAAUCCAUUAUUUAUAUUAGAAUAAUCGGUUAUUGUGUUUUUAUUAUAGUCAUUUGUGAUUUUUGGUCAUAUAGGACAAUAGAUCACAAAUUGUAAAAAAAGAGAUAAAAUAAAAUAUAAGAGAUAUAAAAUAACUACCUGGUAUUUGAUAUAUAUAUAAAUCCUCUCUCUAAGUAGGGAUUAGCUUUCAACUGUAGAAACAACCCAAAUUAAAGGCAAACACACAUAUCCUAACUCUUUGUUCUGAAGAUUUUAGGCCAUAUUAAUCUAGAAAACAAAUUAAAUCAAUAUCGAUAUUGAGACCCUUAGGUGAGAGGGUUUGUAAUUUAUGUAUCCAGAACGUCUCCCUCUGGGCUAGUCUUUGAACUCUAUUACCCCCACGCCAGAAGGGGUGGACUCGUUCGAUUCCCCAACAUCUAAAAUCCUUAAAUGAAAAAAGGGGACAUGAUAUACAAUGGGUUGGGACUGAGUGUGUCGUCAGUCUCUUUCUGAUAUUAUUAAGAUGUUCUAAUAGGCGAACCUUCAAAAUCCUCUUAGUCCGUCCCACGUAUUGCAUGCCACACGGACAUUGUAGCAGAUAUACCACAAAGUCCGUGUGGCAAUUUAUACUAUCUCUAAGUGUAAAGCUCUCCCCCGUGGUGGAGCUAAAAAAUGAAUGUGUAUUUUUUAUAGACACCGUGGUACAAGCUUUACAAGUGCCACAGCCUCGAAAUGAACCUGAGCUAGCAGAAGUGGGACCUGAUGGUGGUUUAAUGGCAUAACUAGGUGCCAACAUAUCCUUCAAAUUUUUAUUCCUUUUGUAGAUUACCAAGGGAUUGUCUGGUAAAUGUGUCCCCAAAAUGGGGUCUUGUAGCAGAAUUGGCCAAGAACUUUGAAGACUUCUCUUAAUUUUAUUAUAAUCAAUAUUAUAAUGGGUGGUAAAUGCAGAACGGAAACUAUCCCCAGUUCCCGAAGUAUAUGAUUUAUUCUCCAAAAAAGUUUUCCUUUCUAUAUCGCCAAUACGACGGAUUUCUCUCUCCAAUCUCUUUCCAUUAUAUCCUCUAUCUGUAAGCUUCCUUUUAACAUGUAAUGAUUGGGCGAAAAAAUCCUGUUUAUCAGAACAAUUUCGUCUAAGGCGGGUAAACUGGCUUUUGGCUAUCCCCCUAAGCCAGGGUUCAUAGUGACCACUCCUACGAUGAACAAACCCAUUACCAUCAGUAGGUUUAAAGAAACAUUUACUUUUUAUAUGACUCGAAUCAUGAGAUAGACAAAGAUCAAGGAAAUUAAUCUCAUCCUUAUUCCAGAUAGGAGUAAAGACAAGGUUGUACUCAUUGUCAUUCAAAAAAUUAACAUAAUCCUGAAACGAAACAGAAGAUCCCUUCCAAAUAAUAAUAACAUCAUCGAUAUAACGCCGCCACAGGACCAAGUUCGCCCUCCAGCCAUGUCCAGACCACACAAAUAACUCUUCCCAUCUUCUCAUGUAUGUAUUGGCAUAACUGGGGGCGAACUUGGUCCCCAUGGCGGUCCCCGUGACUUGUAAAAAAUAAUCACCAUUAAAGAAAAAAUAAUUGUGAUGUAAAAUAAAUUGAACAGAAGAAAAAAUGAAGUCCCUCAUAUCCCCUGGUAACUCCACAUCCUGCUCCAUGAAAUAAUCAACUGCCUCCAAACCCAGUCUAUGGCUAAUCACUGUGUACAGAGAGGUCACAUCAAGUGUGGCCCAACUGUACUCUGGGUCCCAUUCGAUGUUCUCCAUUUCUUGGAGGAAAGACUUCGUAUCCUUCACAUAUGAAGGGGCCCCUUGGGCAUAUUUUUGUAACCGAGAAUCGACAUAAGCCGACAAAUUAGCCGUUAGUGAAUUGAUGCCGCUGAUUAUGGGUCGCCCAGGGGGGUUAGGGAGACGCUUAUGUGUUUUUGGAAGAAAAUAAAAAAUAGGGAUGGUUGGGUUUUUCUGAUAUAAAAAUUCAUAAUUUCUCUGUGAGAUGAUGUUUCUCUCUUUAGCUCCAUUCAAAAUUACUUGGAGCUCUGUAUUAAAUUGGCUAGUCGGAUCGUGUUUGAGUACACUAUAAGUCUUUCUAUCCCCCAGGAUAUGAGCUGCUUCUUGGAGAUAAUAUGUAGUGGUCAUUAGCACUAUCCCCCCCCCCUUAUCUGCUUCUCUGAUAAUCACGUCGUCUCUUUUCAUCAACCGUUUAAGUAUCCCCCCUUCUGGCGUGGGGGUAAUAGAGUUCAAAGACUAGCCCAGAGGGAGACGUUCUGGAUACAUAAAUUACAAACCCUCUCACCUAAGGGUCUCAAUAUCGAUAUUGAUUUAAUUUGUUUUCUAGAUUAAUAUGGCCUAAAAUCUUCAGAACAAAGAGUUAGGAUAUGUGUGUUUGCCUUUAAUUUGGGUUGUUUCUACAGUUGAAAGCUAAUCCCUACUUAGAGAGAGGAUUUAUAUAUAUAUCAAAUACCAGGUAGUUAUUUUAUAUCUCUUAUAUUUUAUUUUAUCUCUUUUUUUACAAUUUGUGAUCUAUUGUCCUAUAUGACCAAAAAUCACAAAUGACUAUAAUAAAAACACAAUAACUGAUUAUUCUAAUAUAAAUAAUGGAUUUGCUCUAAGGUUUUUUAGAGCUGGUAUAAAUUGAAUGUGGUAGAUUCACUAAAUAAAGUUUAUAUGGGAAGUAGUUAUUUUGUAGCCACAAUCUACUAACCCCUUUUUUGUGUAACCAUAGCAAUGGAUUAUUUCAAUGUGUAUAAUAGGUUUAUCCCAAAGAUUUUUAUGGGGAGUACAAAUAUAUAACACGACAAAUUGAAGUUUAAACUGAUACAGUGAUGAAUUGAUUACGGUGUUCACUUUGAUUAACAAUGUAUAAAGUUAUAUAAAAAAAAAAUAAAAAAAAAAAUAAAUAAAAACCUUUUAAAUAAUAGACAUAGGAAAUAUGAUCACUUUGUAAUACGAAGCCUUAGGCUUAUAAUAUACUGAGAUAUUAUGAUUACUUGGUACAAUAUGAGGAUUAACAUUAUGUUGUGUGAUGGGAUUAAUGAGGAGGGUGAUACUCAACAGAUAUAUAUACAUAAAUAACGGCUAAAUAUGUUAAAAAUGGUUAACAGUUUUUUUUCUCAAGCAGAAUGGGGCUUUUUAUUUGUCCUGUGUUCCAUUUGACCUUUUGAAUGACUUGAUCGCGCCCGGUUGCCAUGGAGACGUUACUGGUGGAACGCAUGUGGAACGCGGACGUUCCCGCGACGUCACUUCCGGUUUCGGCAAAUUAUGACCACUUCCGGUAUUUGCCGAAAAAGGCGCAAAUUACAAAUUAUGGAAAAUGAAUGGAUGACAAACAGCUGCCACAGGAAGAUCAGUCCUCCAAUUAGAACCAAGGAGGAUUUACACGCCUACUGGAUCCACCAAUAGACUUUAGGGAUUAGCCCUAUUUAAGGACACAGGGAGGGGGGGAUGUGUAUAGGAUAUGUUUAUGUAUUGUACAUUGAUACAUUGUUAUUAUUGUUUUUAAUUGUGGUCCCUGAGGAAGUUCUUAUAGAACGAAACGCGUAGGACAACCUUCUGUUAUUUGUAUCCUAUGCUGAAUUGGUGACUACACUUUUUAUCUAAAUAAAUUUUUUAUUACUGAACCCUGACCUGUGGAUGUCUUUUGGUGAUACAAGGAUCCAGAGGUGAUAAGGAAUACCAGCUAGCCCCCCAUUCCAUUGGGGAAGGCACCUUAAGAGCGCUUUUACUGCCUACAUCCUGUGAGUGCACAAGAUUACUGCGCAUGAAAUAUUGUGUUUUAUAACAAUAUCACACUAUGUUUUGUUUUAUGCUUUCUCUGUAGAUUUAUACAGCCAUAUCCCGAAUCUUCUCUGUUUUGGUUUAUACUAUAUCUAUAUAUCUGUCUGUCUGUAUAUCUAUCUAUCUAUCUAUCUAUCGUGAUGUCUAUCUGUCUGUCUGGCUGGCUGGCUGGCUGUCGUGCUGUCUGGCUGUCAUGCUGUCUGUCUGUCUAUCUACCUAUCUAUCUUAAGGCUUCUGGGGAUAUCAUAAUAAACUAUUAGGCAGAAGUGAAUUGAUUAGAAGUGAUUGAUCAUGAAGGCUGUAUUGAUGCCAGAGAUUUCAUUGAGGUUUUUAUAGAUGGUAAGAUUUGGAGAAGAUGUUAAAAUUUAGUAUUUUAAUGUUUAACUUGGUAAAAUGUAUCAUAUUAAUUAAUCAAAGCUAAUGAAUUGUCAAAUAACACAAAAAGGGCAGAUGCUGGUACUUUCCGUAGACUUGUCGACCAGAUGGAAGAUUUGUUUCCUUACGCUGAGUCCACCAAUUAGAGAGCUAUUUAAUUGAUUGCUUGGAACAAUUACAUUUUUAGUUUAUGGACAAGUAAUACUGUUAUUCAUUUUUAAGUUUUGUCUAAUGUUUUCCAAGGGACAUUCACCAGAUGAAGUAUAUCUCUGUUUUUCUAUUUAAUUUCAAAAAAGGUAUAUCUAAAUAACUUUAAAAGGGGCAAUGUGGUUUCUCUGGAAUUUACCUCGUUGACUAAAACAUUGCUAAUCACCUAGAACUUGUGUUAACAUUUUUCUUUAUGCGUCAUUUUCUUUUAAAUCUAGUUCAGACCAGGCAUAGCCUCCUCCAAAAAAAUGCUAAUGACAAGGAAAAUGUGAAACAUUGUUUCAAAUAAAUAUAUAAAUAUUUGUGUUAAAUAUAAAUAUAUAAAUAUUUGUAGGUGUCAUGGCUCUGGAGGGCAUUGAAAUCUUUGUUGCACACUCUCACAAGCAUGACCAAUAGGAGGACAUGGUGUUGAGUAUAGGUACAGGGGGUCAGUGGUGAUAUUGGGGUCUUUAAUGGGGCAUAGGGAAAAGAGGACAUGUCCAGGUGUCAAAUCCAAGCAAAGGCAUAGUCAGACAGAUUAGAGCAAGCAGACAGGUAUUGCACACUUCUCAAACAUUUGGGCUGACAGUCCCGAUUUUCUGGUCCUGUCCUGACAUUCCCGACUUUGUUCCUUGGUGUCUCGCUUUAAGGAUUACCAGAAAACUGUCCCAAAAAAGUGCAGCAUGAGCAUUAGGCGUGCUCCUUCCCUCAGUUGGCUGGCCUGCUUGAUUGACAGGUAGCCUGGUGUACAUUCACUCCAGGCUGACCUGCAAGUAUUUUGUGUUGGACCUGCACCCUUCUCAGGCAAGUUCACCUUCUUGGUGUAAAGCAAGGGAUGCUAUUGCUAUUGCAUCACUGGUGUCCCCCCUUUGCCCUCCUCCCACCGGUAUCCUGCUCCUCGGGACACCAAUGUUGAGGGGUAUGGCAUUGUAUUUCAUCUAACAAUAUUGUCAAACGAUAUACCUAGACGAAGUAGAGACUACUUUAUCUUAUAUUUCCUGUGCCUGACAGAACAAAUUGCUUGAAAAAGACGUUAGGUUAAGAAUUGUCUAUGGAGGCUCCCGUAGUCUUGCAUGCGUGAGACUACAGCACUGGCAGAAGAAGCACCUGGAACUGAAGAAUAUCCACUAGAUGAAGAUUGUGGCCACCACGAGGGACAGCUUCAGGUUAGUAAUACUAAACUUUCCCUGCACCCCCGGGCCACCACACUACAGGUGGUGAUGUUACUGUCGGGUGGUCUUUGCAAAAUAUGCAAAGACCCGAGACAGUGCAGAGCAGCUUUAACAUCAAUCAUAGCAAGCCAAUAAUCGUAAUCGUGAUUUCAACAUGUUGUAUUUUUAAUUUUUUUUAUUAAGAAUAUAUAACUCCCUUCUAAACAGACUAUUACAUUACAGUAUUACUUACCAUUUUAAUAGGAUGUUUAAUAUAGGAAAUAAUAAGGACACAGAUAUUGUUACAAACACACUUUUGCCCGGAUUACUAAAGUAAAAUUGUAACAAUAACUAAAAAGCUUACACGUAUAUUUGAAUGGUUGAGUUAUUUUAUCGUCAUUCACACAGACUAUAUUACAUUGAUCGUUUUAUUUAGCUUUACCCUUUUUUUUACUGGUGAAACAUUUUUGAUUGCUACACAGUUACACUGAUUUUAAUGUUAAAUAUAAAGACUCGUUACUCAUUAGACCACACCCCGAUUGAAUUUAAGCUGAUAGAAUUUCCUUUUUAUUUUACGAUCUACUAUUUUAUUCAUAAACCAUUUAAAGAGUACAUUUUACUAAAGCAAAUUACAUGGAGGUGGGCAGAGUGUGAAUUUAAAGUCUAUCUCUCUGGCAAUAAAGUAUAUGCUGUGCUCCUAGCUCAAACUGACUGUGAAUGAUGCAUUUAGGCUUCGAUUAAGUUAGGCGGAUCACUGUAACUAUGGGAACAGUACUAACUGAUCAUGAGUCAUGUAAAAAAAUACACAAUGUUUUAGCUAAUGCUGAAUUAUUUUAUCAAUAAAAUAUUGUGGAAGUAAGGUUUUAUUCCUAACUUUCGUAUGAGUUUUUUAUGUUUUGAUUUUUUAUUAGCCAGUUACAGAAAAUGAUAUGAAUAAAGAAGAAAGUUAAAGGAACACUACCAUUUUAGGAAUCUAAACCUGUGUUCCUAACUCUAUAGUGUACCUGUCCCUAGUGAUAUUAAGGCAUGCAGGAAGAGCCCAGGUCAGCAACUGGAUGUUCAGACAUUAGUCAGUCUCAGCCUCUCAGGAGAAGGUGCAGACAUAUUGCAAAGUCAUGAAGAAUCCAGAGUAAUUAGAUAAAGAAUGAGAUUCAGGAACAAGCAUCCUGGACCGGAGACAGUUAGCUUGGCCAAUAACGUGCCUUGCAUUAAUUAGCGGGAGCCAUGUGACUCCCAUCUCCCUGUUUGGCAAGUGAAGCAGUGAUGGGUGAUAUUAGUGUGGCUGCGGCUACAGAGGGAUUGCCGGUGCACCAGAAAAGACAGCAGGAGUUAUUAGCAAGUUCACCAAUCAGGUCUCUUCUUUAAAUAGUUUAAAGGAACACUGUGGCCACCAUAACAACUUCAGCAUUCCUUCGGGGUUAAAGGUUUAAUUAACAAUUUAACCCCAAAGACCUCUGUCCAGGAAUGGUCAUAUCUGCCCCCUCUACGAGGCUUUAAACAAUACUCCUCAGACUGGGCACACUGAUCCUCUCAGCCUAUCAGAGGCACCCAGUCCAAGGUUUCCCCUUUCAAGUCUCGGACUUAAACAGAUGUUGAAGUGGCAGAGAUGACCAGCGACGGACAAAAGACUUUUGGGUUAAGCCAUUUGAAAUUGGUGGGUAAGUCGGCGCCGGGGACCUUCUGGCAGCAUAACAACUUCAUUGCGAGAAAGUAGAUUAGAAAUGUCCUUUAAGUAUAGAAUUCAUAAAAUUAUUUUUACAUAGUAUUAUCAGAGGAAGAAAAGUGUAGAUAUUUUUUAUUUAUUACAAAUGUUUGCUUAUUUGGGACGGUUUGUCCUAAAAAAAUCUUUUAUAUAUAAGUUUUAAUAAGACAAGUUCCCUAACUUACAUUGGGACAGUGUGUGUCUCUAAUUACACAAGACAUGCAGGCUAAUAAUAUUUGUACAUUUUCAAUUAGUGUGUAUAGAGGCACCUGUAGCCCAUUUAAAGCUGACAUAUAUUUUUGUUUGGUACUAAGGAAAUAUCUUCGCCAUCCUUUCGCAAAGCAUGCUUAGGUCGGUUGCCUAAGAGACUGGAUUUCACAUGAGAAUUAGAAUUACCAUCUAUAUACAUUUUUUUUUUCAUAAUCAAUUAGUGUGACUGCAAGCCGUGAACAUUAGUUAAAGCUUUAUUUAAUUUUUUUUCCAUGUAUAGCAAUUUAGCAUUUUUAUAUGUUUUUGUGAGAACAAUAAACGGAAAGACACAAAUGUCCCAUUACCUUACUUGACUGAAUCAGAUUCUAUUAAAAUGUUAAUGAGGCAAAGCGCGUUGUUCAUGAUACAUAUAGCUGACUGUGGAGGCUGCUGUGACAUUAUAACCGUGUAGUCUGAUGAUGCAUACACACAGGAGUAGGCUUUACACGUGGAAGGGAAAAGCGGCCUUUGACCUACACAUUGCUGUAUUAAAAAGUUUCUAUCUCAGGCAUGCAACUGUUACCAUGUCAACUGUUGCUGGACUACAACGCAUCCUAUUGUCUGUUAUCAGACUUUAUUUCUCUUGCCAAAACCGGGGACAGUUUGUACAUUCUUUUCCUAGUUUAUUGAUCCCAUCAUCACUCUGCACUCAAAAAGAAAGAUGGGGGGAAAGGCUUGGUGACCCUAAGUGUUGGAUGACACAUGGGUGAAACUGAUCAAUGUAGCAACUUAAAGAAAAUAGGUACUGUCUAGGGUGCAUACAUUAAACUAUGCAGUUUUCUGUAGGUAAAAUCAUAAACAUGAUUGGGCGGGCUAUUAGUGGAAUCCAGUACUAUAGUGGUUAUGGUGUUUCAAGUGUUCCUUUAAGGACCAUAUCCACUUUUGUUUUUAAGUGGUUGUGGUCUCCGGCAAUGGCUGCAACUUGUAUCAGUUAUGUUGCUAGGAAACGAUUUCUGAAUGUUUGACAGAAAACAGAAGUUUCUUUAGCGCCCUAAGCUUAAGGGUGCCCUAACAUGGUUUCGACCUUGGUGCCCAAUUAGUAUUUCUUGUAUUGACCUCGGCUAGUUAUUUGAUAUACGUGUACCUGUAGUGUUGUUUUUCCGGCUAUCUAUAAUCCUGACUGUGGCUAGUUUCUGACUUUGUCUUUAUCUGUUUAUUACAUUAAGGCGUCACUCCAGACCCCCAAAGCACUUUAGCCUGCUGAAAAGCUUAUGUGUUUGCUCUUAUUCUUCUGCAAAAAGGUGUAGAUUUCAGUACACAAUUGACACAUUUUAUAAAUUAAUCUGGUAACACCCCAUAAACUUUCAAGCAGACAACAGGUAAUGCUACUUCCUGGUUUCGUUGGAUCAGGGAAGGUAAACUCAAUAGGCAGCAAUUACUCAGAGCUCCCGGCAAAUGCCUUGCAAAGACUUCUCACCGAGGUGCAUUGGAAUCGUUGUGAUUGGACCAUUAAAGAAAGUCUGGGUGGUGUUAAAGUGUUUGCAAAGACAGCAGACAAGCACACCUAACAGUCCAGGAUUUAGGGAUUACCCAAAUGUGUCUAAAAAGGAAACAAAACUGCUUUGGGUCUGAUGUGCUUUUAGUUUUUUUUAACCACCUUAGACACACCCGGACAAUCCUUAAAUCCUGGACUGUUAGGUGUACCUUGAGGAGAGGGUUGAGUAGCACUGGAUAAGAGAACUGCAAGCUUUGCAAGCUGUUUGUAUGUAUACUCCCAAUUUAAAAAAUACAUAAUUAAAUGUAUGCAAGUUUACAUUUGGGCUUUAUCUGUAAAAAAAAUGUUAUUUUUAUUGAUUUUGUAUUUGGGCAGUGGAGUGUCCCUUUAAGUCCAGCCACUCCAAGGCCUGGCAAUAUGUCUGCAAUAUGUCUUUUUUAUUUCCCAUAUUGUGUGAGUUUGGGUAUACUCCUUGUGACAAAAUACCUCAUUCAUAACUGCUUAAAGAUCACAAACUAGUCCUUUAAAGGACCACUCCACACACAUAAAGCUUCUCUCCUCCACUUAUCGGGAUGUGUGGGCCAGGUCCUGAGGGGACACCCAAAAUGGGCGGUCUCAUCUGAAAAGGGGUCAGGUCAGCCUGAAAAAGGGGUAGGACCUCCACCUGACAGGCAGCCUGGCUGGCCCCUAGCUCUCCGGAUCAUGCAGGUCCUAGUGCCUUUUGCACACAGCAAGCACUUCUAAUGAUAGGCUCUCGAUGUGCUGAACGGGGACAGACCUUUGUGUCCACAGAUGUACCCCAGCAUUCACCGUUCUAUACAGCCCUGCAUUUAUUAAAUAGUGGUAUCUUUAACCCCUUAAGGACACAUGACAUGUGUGACAUGUCAUGAUUCCCUUUUAUUCCAGAAGUUUGGUCCUUAAGGGGUUAAAGGCUAGUUUGUUAUGAUGGGAUUAUUAGGGCUAACAAGCCUCUCCUCAUACCCAGCAUUAUCAUUAUAGACUCUUCAUGGAAUUAUAAAGCCACUCACACUUACAAUCCUCUCCCCACUAAUCCUCACUUCUACAUAAUGACUUUUUAUGAAUUGAAUGCAAGCAUCAUAGUUCAUCUAAUUUAUUUUUUGGCAACUCAUUGCAUGGUGCUGUAAAAAUAAAAAAAUACUUAAAAUGUAUCAGUCUAUUUUCAAGUUAUAUUUUGCACAUUUGACAAAAUACCAACUAUAGGUUUCAAAGUGACUUUAAGUGACAGAACAAUAUGGUCAUCUUUGGUUAAUUAUGCAUUGUGAUUUUUUUUUUUUCUCAAACGGAUUGUUUUAUAUGCUUUUCUCUAUUUAGAAUGUGUGCACAGCAUAUUUAUAGAAAAUAUGCUAAUUUAAAUUUCACAUAAACAUCAGCUUUCGCACAAAAACAGACUUGAUACAAAAUUAAUUUAGAACAUAGAAAACAAUCUAUACUUCACAGGGCUGGUCGGUCAGACAAUAGGGGUCCCUUUAAAUACGCACAUAUUGAUUAUUGCUCCAGCAAACACACAUAUUUGCAUCUACCUAGGCAACAAAACACAUGUAUUUGCACAUUCCUAUUAAGAGGCCCUUAAACAGAUAUUCCAGGUAGGAGCUGACCAUUUUUUUUAGAAUUUAUACAAAAAUAAUAACUAAAAAAAGAAUAAACACAUUUUAUAAACAUAUCUUCACAUUUGAGAUAACUAGAUUUUCUACAAAUUGUGCAGUAAGCUUUGGCCAGAACAGGAAGUGAUUUAGCAAAUCUAUAGCAGUGCUGAGUUUACCCUGUAAAUAGCUGCAUUGCCGUGCAUUAUGGUACAGCUGGGUCUUCGGGUAGUGGUAGUUAAUUAUCAGCUUUUCUCUCUAGCAAACUAACAGGUAAACUACAAAUCCUAGACACAAAUGGGGACUAACAGAACUCAAAGAGAUUAAAAAAUAAAUCUAAAAUUUCCUACGCAUAGCAUCUGUGCUGUGAGUGCCUGGUGUAACUUUAAAGGAAUGUGCCAAGCACCAUAACCACCACAGCUUGUGGUCCUGACCUUUUAACCCUGCAAUGUUGUUGGUUUUUUCAGAGACUGCAGUGUUUACAUUGCAGGGUUAAAUCCACCUCUAGUGGCUGACAGCCACGAGAUGCACGUCCGCUGCACUGAUCAAGUCAAAGUAUGUCAAAUGACGCAGUAACUGCUUUCGCUUGCGAUUCAUAUGCAUCAAUAUCCCCAGUGUUCCUCUCUGACAAUGUCAUGCCUUCUCCAUGAUGUCCCUUGAGGUAAGCACUGCCAAUGGAGUCUCGUGGCAAGUAAAAAGCUUAUCUUUAUUAUUUUUAUGGCAAAAGAAGGGACACCUAAAUUUAACUAGAUACAGGUUUGUAUUUCAAAUGCUUUACUGUUCCUUCAAUACGUAAAUAGUAUAACCAAUCCGAUUCUUUGUUAAGGGAUAUAGUUUUUCUUUUUAAAAGUGGUUCUGUCACCCUUUAGAAUCCUGUACAUUCAAUAGCCAAAUGAAAGCUAAAGGAUAUGAUCAUAUUUUCACAAAAUACUCCAUCUUUUCAUUUACUUUGAUUGGCCUGUUCUUGGGAUACCAGUUGGAUGAAGGAGGUGCCAGUACCUCGAAGUGCUGCAAAGUGGGUAUAAUUUAUGUACAACUUUGAUAAAUGAUUAGCAGUGUUGCCAUUGACAUAUAUGGGAAUACUCGGGUGAUAAGGUAACCUUUUCUCUGGUUGAUCCGUACCUGAACAGAUUGUCCCAUGGAAAACAGAAUUUUAUUACAUCUUAGCAGGUGCAUAAAUUGUUUGUACUGCUUUACAAGCUACCAUAUUUUUUUUUCAUUUUUAACCUUCAGUUGUGUGUUUUCUAAACCUCUUGCCACUGAAAAUAAUGAACCAUUCCAGUAAUUAAUACAUAAUAUUGUUACAGAGCUGUUUAUAUGCUUGAUAGAUGAAGUUGUCAUCCCGUAUCCUUUAGCUCCAGAUGUUACAGCUGUUCUUCAGUCUACAACUCCAUUUAUCACGCAGAUAUAUUUCAGGGGAAGAGCCGCAGGUAUCACCAUACCUGAAACCUGUUAAACAGAAACGGAUGCUGUUUUUUUUAAAAUACACAAAAAAAUAUGAUGGCUAAAAUAAAGCUAAUAAGCAAUAACUGAAUGGUUAGCGGGUCAUCACCUAAGAAAGCCAGAAUCUUGGCUCAGUAUUUUUCCUACGCUUGACCCUACUUGACACAGAGCCUUGCUAAAUCUUUUGUUGAAGCCAAAUGAUUUAAUGUUGAUUCGGCACUGCCAUAUCUUGCAUACCUGUUUUGUUUGUUCUGAACUUUUUGGGAAGUACCUCUCUCUUUUUAUUUGCUGUUUAUAUGUUAACUGUUUGUAGACUGUUUGUAUAGAAUUGUUGAUGUUUACCUGUAUAGUUUAUCUAUGAUUAAAAUAAAGAAAAGUGCAUUGGAACGACUACAUGCCAAUUUUCCACAAUGAUUCCAGUUAGAAACAAAACCAAUUGAAUUUCACUACUGAGCAAACAUAUUUUUAUUCCCCUGAGUUUGGAUUUUCUUUUUCUUUUUUCACCUUUACUAUUGUAGCCAACAUUAUGACAGCUCUGUUUGUCAAAACUUCAUUUAUUGGAAAGACUUCUAUCAGAAUUAUCCAUUAAAGUGUAGAUUUCUCAAGAAUAAUACAUUUUACACAUUCACUUUAAAUUCCUGACUAUGUACAAGUUGGUGAAUAAUGCUAAAUGUCUUCGAUAGGUUCCCAACUCUCAAACAUUUUAUAUAAAUGUACUAUUAUUAGUUACAGUUAUGAUAUGACACAUUGACAUCGUGUUCGUUUUCUUACUCACUGACUGUUUAAAAAAUAUAUAUUUUUGAGUUAUUCUAUAUCAUAGAAUAUCACGAGUUAUUCUAUAUUUAUGUAUUUUAUAUUUUGGUUGAUUUGUGACAGAACUCAAAAUAUUUUUAGAAAUGCAAAGUAUUUAACUUACGUUGAAAUGUCAUUGUGUUUAUUAUUAAUAGCAGGACACCAUUAUAUUGGCUUAAAGCAAUCUACGUUAAAGAAAACUAGCCAAUGUCAUUUUCAAAAGUCUUCGUGAAUUAGCUGUAAUGUUUGACACCGGUAAAACUAGAGCAUCAAGCAGCAGCCAUGUCAGUUUAUAAGGAGUCACAAUAUAUCUGUACACGUGGAAACCAAAUUGCAUGUACAUUAUUGAUCAAAUGUUAUUUUCCUAAUUGUUUUCUUGACUUUCUCUGGUUGUGUCAGCAUUCCCUAGACCUACAAUUCUCAUGAUAAUACACCAGUCUUAAAUUUAGCAAAGCAUCAUGGGUGGUUUAACUCAAGAACUGUUGGGGAUCUCUCUAUCUUAUGGCCACCGUGGUGUAAUCUUUACAUUUGCAGGCUAUUCUGGCAGUGCAGUGUAUAGAUUAAAGGAACACUGUAGGGUCAGGAAUAAAAACAUGUAUUCCUGACCCUUUCCACCCUAAAUAUAGUAAAAUCUUAAUUUUAUUCCAGUCUGCUGGUGGUGGCUCUGUCCCUGAUCUGCCUCCUUGGCUGACAUCAGAAGUGAUUAUCUCAGCCAAUCAUAGGAAAGCAUUGUAUUGGCUGUGAUGAUCAAUUCUAAUGAUUUUAGCCAAGAAGGAGGGCUGGGGGCCGAGCCAAAUCAGCAUCUCCUCAGAGAGAAACAUUGAACCAAGCCAUCUUUAUGAGAUAAGUUCAGUGUCUCCAUGCAGAGGGUGGAGACACUGAAUGUCAGUGUUGCACGUUUUGCAGCAUAGAAACAUAGAAUGUGACGGCAGAUAAGAACCAUUUGACAAUACUUUCAUUAGUCCCUGGCCUUAUCUUAUAGUUAGGAUAUCCUUAUGCCUAUCCCACGCAUGCUUAAACUCCUUUACUGUGUUAACCUCUACCAAGUAGAGGUUAAGUAGUUGAUAUCCUAGUUAAUAAUAUUGUUUCUCAGUUAUAGCAAAUGCUGUUAUGUGUGUAAAAUCCAAACCACAAUCAUUAGUUUCUAUAAAAAAAAAAAAAGCUGUAUUUUAUAUCUAAUGUAUGCUAUCAUGAAAUUGAAAUAUUUCUUAUUGGUAAUUGCAGGAUCCUACAUCAGUAUCCUCUAAUUGCAUUCAAAUUACAUUGGAUUAUAUUCAAAUCCUUUUUAAACCACUCUAUUAAUUUUAAUUUGAGUAGCGAGUUUCAAAUGUCAGUUUCUAAAUGCUUUUUCCUUUCAAUAUGUGCAGUAUUAUUUCAAGCUUGAUAUGUUUAAUGGUCAAAUAAUUGAAUCUGGAAAUUUUGUUUAUGCUGGGAUUUUCCAUUUCAUCUUCUGAGAUGUUUUAGUAGUGUCAAUAUUUUAUUGUUAGAAAGAAUAAUGAUUUCUUCUGAAGUCCCGCCAGUCGAUUCUACCAUUAGAUUAUAAGAUGAAUAAACCCUUAAUAUUAAUUUGUUGACAUCUGUUUGAUGGUCAUUAUCCUUCAACUUUCAGUUAUGAACUUGGCCCCUGAAGGAAAUUUCAAACAAAACCCAAUUUUCAUAUAUAAAAGAUAACUAAAUACUAAAAGAACUAUAUGAAAGAGCUGAAUUACAGAUGACUACAUGAAUGGAGGGCCAAAUUGGUCCACUGUAUCUCUUCCAGUCCUCUCCAAGUUUUUGUGUUUAUGUCACUCUCCUGGAAAUCCCAUCAUACCCCUCUCAUGUCUACACUGUGCCUUUAUGAAAAAGUUUUCUCUCUAAAAUCCAGUAACGCCCACUGAGACUUGGCGUUGCUUGUGGAACACAAACCAAGGAAGUUACGGUGGGGAAAAAGUGAUUGAAAACCCCUUCAACUUGAAGCCAGUGGAUAGUCAACACAUUGUUAAAUUGGCACUGUCAUGCCAAACUUACCUUUCUCCGAUUGUUUCCUUUUCUCUUCCUCUCUCAGAACCUGUUCUUCUUUUAUUACUACCUGAUCUAGUUUUCUUUAAAACAUAAGACAAAAUAGGGUCUACUUUGUCUUAUGUAUUUUUCCUAGACUUGACCUUAUGUGACCAAAGGAGGAGCUUAAGACAGCUCCAUUUCCUGUUGUCAAACAAAUUUCCCCACAAUACUCACACUUCCUCUGUGUGCUUGCGUUGCUUCAUUAGUUAGUAUUAGUAAAUAAGGGAGAUUGAAAACUCCCUCCUGUCCCUACUCGCUAUGCCGUGAGUAGGGACAUGUGUACUAAACAGUGAGCAGCGGGUGUAUUAAACUAAUCGUAAGACCUAGGGUCCCCACCGGCCCCCCCAUUAGUGGCUGGUGGGGGCCCUAUGUGACAAAAGGGAGGGGGAACCUACUGCCUCCCCCACCCAUGAACAGCUGGUGGUGGCCCAGAGUGACAAAGGGGGAGAUUUACUGCCUCCUUCCUGAAGCUCAUGGGUGGGGGCCCUAAGUGACAAAAGGGGGAAAGCUGCUGUCUGCCGCGGCCCCCACCCAUGAGCGGUGGGCGGGGCCCUUAAGUAACAAAGUGGGUGCCUACUGCCUCCCUCCCAGCCCCCACUAAUGAGCAGCGGUUGGGGGCCCUAUUUGACAAAAGGGGGAAAAAUAACCCACCCCAGAUAACUAGGGGUCCCCAAGCCCCUAGUCACCCCCCUAAUAAAAGAAAACCCUGCCUACACCCUUCAUUCUAAAAAUAGUGAGGGAGGAGUAAUAGACUAAAAACCUGUAUAUUAAAAAGAAUCAAACUUACUAUCAGAUGUCUUCUUUUUUCUAAAACCUUAUUUUUUUUCAGCCCCAAAAAAGUACAAAUAAAAAGCCUUGAAUCACUUCGAACUUAGAACAUAAAAAAAGACCAGAUGGCAAAAAAUAAAUAAAUCCAUCUUCACCCAGCAAGGGCUCCGCACAGACUGAGCUUUUAAAGCCUUCCCACGCCCUGCAAUUUGACUCAGAGCGUUCUGAAAGGUAAAUAUUGAGCCAGUAGUCAGUAGGCUCCCCCUAUUGUCACUUAGGGCCCCACCCGCCACUAUAGGUCCCCAGUUUAGUUGAAUAACCCACUCGCGGGGCACAGGGAGGAUUGGGGGGUGCUGGGGGAGGACACUAUGUCCCCCCCCCCAGUUAAUUAUUUUAAAAGUCCCCUUACAAACAGAGAAGCAUUUAAAUAAUAGCAAUUAAGGCAGAACUUAUUAUAUUAUUGUAACGGCACCCUCAGCAUAAAAGGGUUAAACUGCCGUUUAGUAGAUUUUCCCUUCCAGAGACACAGGCACAGCUACUGCAGAACACCAAUCCGCCGAACAGGAAACCAUAUGAAUGCUGUAAACAGCCGAAUAGGUAAAACCAUACGAAUAGGUUUACACUCCUAGCAGUCGAACUGGAACAGCAUACAAUAAAUCCCCCCAAGAACGAGACAAAGCUCCGUGUUGUGGGUCAAGCAGUGAACAGUCAGAGCUGUGGGUUUAUUGUUCUUAUGAACACAUUCUUACACAUUAGUACCACCCACAGGGUUUUGGAACACAACCAAUAAACACAUACAAUACACUCAGACACUCCCACAAAAAAUCCUCCCCUCUGCCUGUGAUUCAAUUACCUUACACAAUGGGUAAUGUAAUUAUAACAAGCAGAGAAAUACAAUUUUUCCACAUUAUUCAUAACUUGAAAAGUAUGCAUCACAUUCACAUUUUCAGAAUCAGCAUACUCCAAAUACAAACAUACAUCAAAAUCAUACAAAUUGGUCCAGUGGUUCAAAAGAUAGAUCGUAGUCCUUUGUGACCAAAGGAAGCAUGGCUUUUCUGCCCAAAACCAGUUCCACAGAGUCUUCUAUCCUGGAGAUAAUUGGGAAGUAAUCCAAUUAUCUCAAAGGACAGAGGCAAAACUCCAUUGAACACAUGGCAGCAAAAGACAAUAAAACACAUAAAAACAUAUAACUGUGCAGCCAUUGCACAAAACAGGUACAUUCAACAUAUCCCCAGAUAGCUCAGAUCUGAGCGCACAUUAUUACUGAAUGGCGCUCAGAGCACACACAUACAAUUCAAUUGCCAUGGAGCCAAAGUCUUUCCCAUAGUCUUUCAUUAUACGAAUGGGCUCCAUGGCAUAGCUAUCUGGGGUAUCACUGCUUAAACAGGGCAAGCACCAAAUGACCCGGCUUUCUUGUCUUUGCAGGGGAAAAUCAAGCCUUUUAACAUGGGGCCAUAAUCCAAAGGCAACAGGCGAGCAACCAGGCUUCUCCAAUGCAAUGUGGCGAGAUUGCUCUAGUCACAAUUAUUGUCAUGGAAAUAAGGCUGGCAAAUGAUUGAUGCAUAAGUUAAAAAAGAGAGAAGCAGCUAUAAAGAUUCCAUUCCUUUUUGAUGCAGAUAAUAUUAAACUUACAAAUCCAAUACAUAUUAUAAAUUAGCUAACUUCAUACUAUGAAUCUCUGUAUAAUUUAGAUCCAAAUAUAAUCCAGCCUACAAAGCACUGUUAAUUUUGUCGACUAACAAUUUUAGUCAGAUUUUAGUCUACUAAAAUGUUUGAGAUUUAGCCGACUAAAACUAGACUAAAACAAAAUAAUUCAGAUGACUAAAUAUAACUAGAACUAAGAUGGCUUUUCAGUCCAAAGACUAUGACUAAAACUUAAUUGAAAUUUAGUAGCACUGCUACGAAGAAGUCUAUAUCUGUGUUUCUGGAAGAUGUUUCUCUUCCUCAACUUUCAGAGGCGCAGAUGCAAACUUUAAAAGAAGAAAUAGAAAUGAUAAAUUACAAAACUUUCCAAAAAACAAAACUCCAGGACCUUAUGGCUUUUCCAAUUUGUAUUAUCAAAAGUUUAAUAUAAUUGAAUACUUUCACUAAAAGGGGUACUAAUAUCUCUUUAAAGAUGUUGGAAUAAUACCAAGGGAAAUGAUGGAAGCAACUAUCAUCACCUUGCCCAAACCAAAGAAACUGCCACACUACAGCUCCAACUUUAGUCCAAACGCUUUACUUAAUGGAGAUUUAAAAGUCUAUGCGAAAGCAUUUGCAAAUAGACUAUACUCCGAUAAAUAAGUCCGAUACUCCCUGGCAUUAUAGCAAUGGAACAAGCAGAGUUUGUACAAGGAAGACAGCUAUACAAUAAUACCAGGAGAUAUAUUUAUUUAAUUGAAAUAGCAAAUAAACAUCAGAUACCCACAUUAUUCUUAGUAUUGGAUGCUGAAAAGGCAUUUGAAUGGUUAGAUUUGGAUUACAUGUAUGCUACAAUAAAAAGAUUUGAUUUUCCACCUCAAAUUUUAAAGGCAAUAAGUAUUCUUUAUUCAGCUUUUUCGGGUUCAUGUUAUGAAUUCAGGUUUCCAAUCACAACAUUUUAGCCUCCACAACAGCACUCAACAGGGAUGUCCGCUAUCUCCUCUUAUAUUUAUUUUAGUGUUAGAGCCAUUGGUCUACAAGAUUAAACAAUAUUCCCCCUAAAAUACUGUUUUUGUUUCAACCAUUCCUUUGGCAAUUAUAGGACUGUACAAGAUGCUGGUUAAAAGUUGUGUAUGGAGAAAACGGCCAACCAGGAUAUCCCAUGAAACAUGUUGGUUAUUUAAAAAUAAAGGAGGUCUGGGUGCCCCAGAUAUACAUAAAUAUUAUAUAGCUUAAUCUGUAGCUCAAUUAGUCAGGCUAGUAUGUAACCCCUUGCGUCCUUUAUGGGCAUUUUUGGAAAGAAAAUAUUCCAAAAUGUAUGAAUUUACACAUCUGUUGUGGCCAUCAAUAAAGCCCUCUAUGAGGAAAAUAGGAGGUCUCUCUAUAAUAAAAUACUUAGUGGCAAUAUGGAGGAAAUGGAUACCAAAGUUUUAUUAGGGAAGUGUGGGGAAGUACUUAGUACUUAGGAAUGUUGGUUUAAGAAAGGUGGUGGAAUUAAUUGAUCAAACAGGGGUAGAGCUAUAAUUUACCCUCAAAUGAAUAAUUCACAUAUUCAUGGCUUAACAAUAUAAUUAUUCAAUUACAAAUACAAUGUGUGAAUCCAGUUUUUAUUAACGAGAUUGAAAAAACUCUUCUCUCACAAAAUAAGCAAUCAAAAUUAUUAUUUAUUUGUUACAGAAGCUUACAAGAAACAUUAAACCCUUCCAAAUUAGGUUAUAUGUUACAGUGGGAGAAAUAAUUAAAAUGCACUUUAUAUAUAUAUAUAUAUAUACACACACAAUAUAUUUAUCAUAUAUAUUAUUUAUAUACGUGUGUAAUUUAAUUAGAAGUGUAUUUUUAUAUUAAUAUAUAUACGUCCCUUGUGGGUGCUGCUGCUGAGCUAAUUAUGGGGGGUCCCCUUUAAUUUCCCACCUGUGUGGGAUUUGUAUUGCCAAUAUAAACCCACUACUGACUCACAGAGCUUGCUCAUUGGAGUUUGCUUGAAAGUAGGCUAUUUCAAGUAGUCUUUUUUAAGUAGGAGUUGGAACAACAGGAGUUUAAACAAAAAACGAGUUUAAACCAAGAGGGUAAAUAUUGUUUUGCUCACUUGUGUUUUUGGUAACUUGGGAUGAGUGCUAGCAAGAUUGCGAGUUUUACUCAGUGCACAUCCUGCUGCAUGUAUGCCUGGAUGAAUCUGUCCAGGGUCCACACCUCUGUGGUGGGUGUGAGCGAGGGACCUUUCUGGAAGCUCAGAUUGGAGAUCUGGAGAGGCAAAUUGCAACACUGAGGGAGAUUGACAGUCUUGAGAGGAGUCUGCUGCUCACUGAGCAGAGUUUAAUGGGUGCAGGUAGUGGAGUGGGAGGAGAUGAGACAGUUGGUGAGCAGGCACAUAGCUGGGUAACAGUGGGGCGAGGAAACAGGGGGGGGAAGGAAGAGGAAAGUUUUAGCUAUUCCUGAUCUUGUGCAGCCCAACAGAUUUACCCGUUUGAGUGAAGAUGUUGGGAGCAUCAGCUCAGGAGUAGCUGUACUGCAGGAAGCUGUUCCUUCUAACAGUCCUUCUAGGAAGGCUAGACAGGUUGUGGUGGUAGGGGAUCUAUUAUUAAGAGAUUAGAUAGGGUUAUCUGCCGCUCUGAUCGUCUCAACCGGACAGUUUGCUUUCUCCUGGGUGCUCGGUUCCGGGAUGUUGCCGACAGAGUGGAGGGAUUAUUGGGAGGGGCUGGGAAUGACCCAGCUGUCAUGGUCCAUAUUGGUACCAAUGGCAAAGUCAGAGGAAAAUGGAAGGUCCUAAAAAAUGAGUUUAGGGAACAAGGAAGUAAGCUAAAGAAAAGGAAUAAUAUUUUCAGAAAUAUUACCUGUGCCGCACGCAACAGCAGAAAGGCAGCAGGAGAUUAGAGAGGUCAAUGCGUGGCUGAAGUCUUGGUGCAGGAAAGAGGGUUUGGGGUUUUUAGAGCACUGGGACGAUUUUGCACUUGGUUACAACCUGUAUAGUCAUGAUGGAUUGCACCUAAACGGUAGAGGGUCUGCUGUGCUGGGGGAUAGGAUGGCUAUAAGGUUGGAGGAGAUUUUAAACUAGUAGUAGGGGCAGGGAUGUAUUUACCACAAGGCAAACAAGGCAUUUGCCUAGGGGGGCACUUUCAGGGGGGCGCCAAAAAAUGCCACCCCAAGCUCCCAGACAAAUGCCUUGUUUGCCUCAUGUUCUGGGGCUGUCCACCUUACUGUGAGUUAGUGUAGCUGUCAGUGUGUGUCUGUGAGCGAGUGAAAGUGUGUGUGUCUUUCAGUGAGAAUGGGUGUGCCUGUGAGUGUGUGUCAGUGUGUGUAUGUCAUUUUAUGUGUAUCUGAGAGUGUGUGCCUGUCAGUGAGUGGGUGUGUCAGUUUGUGUCUGUCAGUGAAAGUGUGUGUUGGUUAAACAGUGUGUGCCAAUAGCUGUAUCUGUCAGUGAGUGUAUAUCAGUGCAUGUAUCAAUAAGGGCAUGUGUCUCAGUCAAAAAAGUGGCCUUGACACGAAUUGCGGGGGCAAAUUUAGAUUUUGGGGGUGCCCGAAUUUAGUCGUGCCUAGGGCAGCACAAAUCCAAAAUACACCACUGAGUAGGGGGGAGGGUCAAAGCAAUCUAGAAAAUGGAGAUAGGAUAGAAGGGGGGUGGAGAUGGGGGAAGGGGCAAGCUCAGAACAGAGGAGGUAUUUAAUGUUGAUAAUUCACAAAACGUACAAAUGACUCAUGAUAGUAUUAAAUGUAUGCUUACUAAUGCAAGGAGCCUAUAUAACAAAAUGGGGGAACUAGAGGCAAUAUCAAUAGCAACUAAACAAUAUGAUAUAAUAGGCAUAACAGAAACAUGGUGGGAUGAGACACAUGACUGGGUAGUUAACUUAAAUGGGUACACGUUAUUUAGGAAGAAUAGUAAAAACAAGAAGGGUGGUGGGGUAUGUUUGCAUGUCAACCAUGAGUUAAAGUCAAAUCUUAGGUAUGUGGAGUGUGACGAGGAAAACGUGGAAGCUUUAUGGGUAGAUUUCUGCUUGGGGCAAAAGAAGGGAAAUCAACUAUUGGUUGGGAUAUGUUACAAAUCACCUAAUGUAAAUAUUAAUGAGGAAGAACAGCUGUUAGAGCAAAUUGGGAAAGCUGCAAAUCGGGGUAACACGUUAAUUAUUGGAGAUUUUAAUUACCCGGACAUAAAUUGGGAUAGAUUGACUAAUAAUACUUCAGCAAGGGGAAUCAGGUUUUUGAAUGUGUUAAAUGACACCUUCAUGUCACAACUGGUACAAGCACCAACUAGAAAGGACGCUUGUCUGAAUCUCGUUAUAACAAACAAUGUUGAUCUUUUUACCAACAUUCAAGUAGAGGAGCAUUUGGGAAGUAUAGAUCAGGGUGUUGCAGUGGAUGUGAUCUACUUGGAUUUUGCCAAGGCAUUUGAUACAGUUCCUCACAAUAGGUUAGUCUUCAAACUAACCUAUUGUGGUUAGUCCAGAGACGAGCUACAAAAUUGAUAAAAGGAAUGGAGCAUUUUAGUUAUGAAGAAAGGUUAAAAAAAUUAAAUCUGUUUAGUUUGGAAAAACGGCGCCUGAGAGGGGAUAUGAUAACUUUAUACAAAUAUAUUAGGGGCCAGUACAAACCUUUAUCUGGAAAUCUAUUCAUAAACAGGGCUAUACAUAGGACACGAGGUCACACAUUUAGGCUGGAAGAAAGGAGAUUUCAUCUAAGGCAAAUAAAAGGUUUUUUUACAGUAAGAACAAUAAGGAUAUGGAAUUCUCUGCCUGAAGAGGUGGUUUUGUCAGAGUCCAUACAGAUGUUUAAACUGAAAUUGGAUAAAUACUUACAAAAACAUUACAUACAGGGAUAUAAUUUCUAAUUAGUGGGGUAAUAGCUGCUUGAUCCAAGGAGACAUCUGACUGCUAUUUUGGGGUCAAGAAGGAAUUUUUUUCCUAGUUUGUGGCAAAAUUGGAAGUGCUUCAGACCAGGUUUUUUUGCCUUCUUUUGGAUCAACAGCAACAACAUUUGUGAGGAAGGCUGAACUUGAUGGACGCAAGUCUCUUUUCAGCUAUGUAACUAUGUAAAAGAAAUUGGUCUAGAUAAAUAUUCUUGUUCGUGGGUAGAACAUUGGCUUAAGGAUGGAGUAAAACGAGUUGUCAUUUAUGGUAAAUUUUCAGGCUGGACAAAAGUGGUAAGUGGUGUCCCUCAGGGUUCUGUUUUGGGACCGCUUCUAUUUAACAUAUUUAUAAAUGAUCUUAAAAUAGGCAAUGAAAGCCAUGUUUCAGUGUUUGCAGAUGACACAAAACUUUGUAAAGUAAUCAAAUGUGAGCAGGAUAUUGCUUUGCUGCAGAGGGAUUUGGAUAGAUUGGGGGACUGGGCACUAAAAUCGCAGAUGAAAUUUAAUGUAUAGAAAUGCAAAGUUAUGCACUUCGGGGUCAAGAAUGCACAAUCAAUUUGCACCUUAAAUGGUAGUGAAAUAGGGAUAACCACACACGAGAAGGAUUUGGGAAUUGUUAUGGACAACAAAUUAGACAGCAAUAUGCAAUGUCAAUCUGCAGUUGCUAAGGCCAGUAAGGUUUUGUCAUGUAUAAAUAGGGACAUAAAUUCUAUAAAUAUAAUUUUGCCUCUUUAUAAAUUGCUGGUAAGACCACACCUGGAAUAUGCUGUGCAAUUUUGGGCACCUGUUCUAAAGAAGGAUAUCAUGGCACUAGAACAAGUGCAGAGACAAGCUACAAAAUUCAUAAAAGGAAUGGAGCAUGAAGAAAGGUUAAAAAAUUUAAAUCUCAUUAGUUUGGAAAAACGGCACCUCAGAGGGGAUAUAACAUUAUACAAAUAUAUUCAUGGCCAGUACAAACCAUUAUCUAGAAAUCUAUUCAGAAACCGGGCUAUACAUAGGACACAAAGUCACGCAUUUAGACUGGCUGCUGGCUGGCAGGCUGUGGCUUGCUGGCUGACUGGCAGGCUGUGGCUGGCUGGCUGGCUGACUUGCUGGCUGCAGCUAAAGAUGGCUGAAAAAUGUGCGGCCCAGGCUUCUUUGUCUUUGUAAGGCAGUGUGUGGUAGAAUCCUUCCCCACACUGUUUGCCUUACAAUGAAAUGCAGCCCAUGCAGGUGGUGCAUGUUGACGUAAGUACGUGACGUCAACACGACAUGCCUCCGCGCACAGCACUCAUUCUUCACCCAGGCCCCUUCUCCCAGACUGAAUAAGUAGUGCCGGCUGCCGGGCCUCGAGAGCCCGAUGUUGUCUAAGACAACACCAGGUGAAAUUAAGUCCUUCCUCGGCCGGGCCACUGGACCAUGUCCGAAUUGCCCGACCGUUUAGUCCACCCCUGUUCACUAGCAAGCCAGUAACCAACCUCAUGCUGAUGAGUUGCAUUAACAACGAAACAGCUGUCCAUGAGUGGUUCUUUGACUUUGAAUUUCUUGAGUUGCGUUUCAAAGCUGUUGUAUACAACAAGCAUAAACUCCAAGGAAUGAGGAAUGAAUUGAGGCAAAAAGGUGAUUCUUUGUUGAACUCAUUUGCAUAUGCUCACCCAGAAUCCUUUGCAGUAGUAACAUCACUGCAAAUUUGAGAUUUCUGUGGGAAAAGCAAGUCUUAUGGCUUGACUGGUGUGCAGAUCUGUGUUUAACAAUGUAUUUAUAUAUAUAUAUAUAUAUAUAUAUAUAUAUAUAUAUAUAUAUAUAUGUGUGUGUGUGUGUGUGUUUUAUGUGGUCACAGAAGGCAGCUGAAAAUGUAUUUAUUUAUUUACUUAUUUAUGUGUGAGCUUGUCAAAAUAUGUAAAGAGACAAUUGGAUUUACUCUCCAAUUCCACCCACAUCUGUCACCAUAUUCUCAGGGAGUCAGAUGAAAUUGUUAUUUAUUAGAAAUGAAAAACAUAUAUAUAUAUAGCAGAGGUAAGAAUGAAUAAAUCCCAAUUAGACAUUUUUAUUUCAGGAUAAUGCAUUGUGAUCAUAUACUGCUCAAGCUAACAAAACUUAUAUCCCAGAUCCCAAUGAUUUUUCCAUAUAUCAUCAGUUAUUCAGAUUUUCAUGUGUUAGCUUGAUAUCAGUGAUAUUUUAUUUUCAUUUUCUUACUGAUGUUAUUUUUAUUUGGAACAGUCAGUCAGGGUAGCUGCUGGGUGGGUGGGGAGCCUUGCCUGUGAUGGAGCCCCAAGUGGGGUCCUGAAAAAUCUCAGGUAUGAUUUUGGCACCCUUUCGUUUUGACUGUAAUACUGUGAGAGAAAUAUCAUAUUUAAUUAAAUAUUUUGUUACAGCACCAAUUCACUGCCCCAUAUUUGGAAUUAGUUAUACAACAUGCCUCCCAACUGUCCUAAUUUUGGUAGGACAGUCACGAUUUUCACGUCCUGUUGAUUUUCACGACUUUGUUCCCAAUGGUGUCAGUGGGCAUGCCUGAUUGAUAUGCAGGCAGCCUGGUGUGCAUCCACCUGACCUGCCAAUGAUUCUAACUAGCAUGGGCCAUUGCUGUGUGUGGAUGGAAGCUUAAUGCUGCAAAUUUGGGGGGUUUGUGCUACAGAUGAUAUGAUAGCUAAUACAGUAGUUGUGAGGUUAAUACAGAAGGUUUGAAGACUGUAAAUAUAGGUUUAUAUAUGAUUCUGGAUUUAUUCAAAGAUUUGGUGUCCUCCGUGUCAUAAUAACAAGUUAGGAAAUAGCACAGGUAUGGUAUAGGGUGGGGUUCUGAUAGCAGAUAAUGCUCACUCCUAGAACACAUCCUUAUCUUCUCUACCUGCUCAUCGAUGGGCCCAUUAAAUUUACCCUUGGGCUGAAACCCCUGGUUAUUGCCAUCAUUGCAAGAGAAAGAGACAGUUUUAAUCUUGGUUGCAGAUUCCGAUUGCUAGCUUUCAAAGCAGUGUGUGGGAGGGAUAGGCACAAAUCCUGCAAUCUUCAUCACAGUCUGUUGGUAUACAUUUUCUGUUAGUUUGGAAAGAAUUCAGUGCAUUUUUGCCUUCCUGUUAAAGUGCAGUGUCUGUGCACACAGAAUACAUGUAAAUACUUUAUGUUUUAUUUUGCAAACGGCGAAAUUAAAUCCUACGUGAACAACUUUCCAUACAGAUCAAAAGCUAACUAGAUAAAAGUGAUGGGAGGCGUGGGUGGAAUUGGUUAGUAAAUAUUGAAAGCUCUGUACGCAUGGGAAUCACUUUCAUGAAUGAAAUGUCAUAUUGAAGGCUAAAUUGUUCCUCGCGAAGACAUGCAUACUAUGGCAAUGGAGUCAACACACACUUUCCCUCUAUAACAACAUUACAUUAUUACAUUCAUGUAUAUUUCCAUAUGGUUGAAGGACAAUUCACAUAGAUACAAUGUAUAUCAUGUGUUGUAUUAUAGAUAGUGAUGUCCCGAACGGUUCGCCGUGAACGGUUCGCCACGGACUCAUCAUUGAGUAAACAUUGACCCUGUACCUCACAGUCAGCAGACACAUUCCAGCCAAUCAGCAGCAGACCCUCCCUCCCAGACCCUCCCACCUCCUGGACAGCUCACUAAGAAUGCAGCUUCCCAAUGAAUGUAAAAUGGAUGCUGUCCAGGAGGUGGGAGGGUCUGGGAGGGAGGGUCUGCUGCUGAUUGGCUGGAAUGUGUCUGCUGACUGUGAGGUACAGGGUCAAAGUUUACUCAAUGAUGAGUCCGUGGCGAACCGUUCGCGAACUGUUCGGCGAACCAUUCGGGACAUCACUAAUUAUAAAUAAAAACAUACCUGAGAACUUCCUACAUGUCUAUAGAAUGUCUGGAAAUCUACAUCUUUUCUACUAUGGCACUAAAAGGGCAAAUUAAAUAUUUAAUUUCCAAAAGGAACACACUCUAUUUUCAAACAUGCCUCCCAACUGAUUUCAGGGACCUGUCCCGGUACCCCAGUUUCGUUAGUUUUUCCUGCAUCUGAAGACAUCAGGAAACUGUCCAUGGGCUGCACAGCAUGAGUGCAUCAUUAGACACCCUCGUUCUGUACAGUGGACACUAGGACCAAGCAGAGAGUGCUUCGGCACUGCUCUAUGCAUGCUCUUGUAUGUAGGGGGCCAGCCGGGAGGCUGUCUUCAAUGCCAGGCUCACACAACCCUUCAGUGGCUGGGCCCACUCAUUAGGUGUACCCCUCCCACCCCCCCUUACCUCAUUGAAAACUUGGGAGGUAUUCUCAAAAUUGGCUAAUAAUCAUUUUGCGUCAGAUUUGCGUGGAGAUUAGAAAGAGAACUCAUCGGACUUUAGCAGGACAAGCGAGCGUUAACUCACAGGUUUUGCAAUUAGCUGUGUCUCCUUCUCAGGUAUGUACAGAAGUUGUGAUGUUCUUAGCACUGAAUGGAGUGCUUAAUUGAUGAGACACUCUAUGCAGCAUCUCAUUGUAGUGCAGUGAGUCUUUGGGUACCACAUCUUGGCUUUUUGUCAAACAAAUGUCUUGUCAAAAACUGGUGAUCUUCCAAGUACCCAGUAUCCCCCCUACCAACAUUUGGAUAAAAUCAAUGUCAUAUUUCUGCUUUACCGCCAACCUUGGAUGGCAAAAAAAAAAAAAGCUGGACAAGCGUUGCUAAACAUUUAGGGACACCUAUACAUACCUCAGAGCAAUAUUUUAACCACCACAGCCCUAAAGUAUACUUUAUGGCUAUACUUUAGUAUCCUGUAUAUUUUUCAAAAAGCUUCCCUAAAACAAAUUAUGAUAUCGAAUCUCUAUACUACACAUAUACAAGGAUAUGAAAGCUGAAAAAUGCAGGUGUAUCUAAUCCCAUCAUUAUAUGUAGUUAUUAAUUGGAUACUGCAGCCAUAUAUAAAGCAUGGUGUCCGUUUAACUAGCAGUGGGGCACAAAAUAGAAUAGUGGUAUAUAAGGAGUCCUACUAAGUGGUAUUGGGGAAACAGAUGAAUAUCCCUUAAUGUCCCACAGUGAUAUUUUAGCAUUCCUUAGGUAAGUGGAAUUAGUCCCUCUGUCCACAGGCCUGUACAAGGAGCUUUUUGGAAGGAGAAGGGCUAGAAUUAUUGAUAUGUUUUGAAUGAAUACAUAAUACGCCUCCCCACUCACUCUAGAACACAUGUCCUUCUCUUCGCUAGCUGCUCUUUUUAUUAGUUGUUCAGAUCACAUUCAUUUAAUUGUUAUUUCUUUCCCAAUAUCUUCUCUCAGUCCACCAGUCGUUGGUCACACCCUACCCUUUUCAGUUUUGUUUGGACCUUUACACAGCUCUUUCUCUAUAUAUUCAAUUCAGCUGUUCGUUCCUGCCUUUCCUAACUCUGUCACGUCUCUCCAAUGCCCAUUUCGUCUAGUUUCUAUUUUGUUUCCCAACAUUAUUCACUGAUUCCUCUCUCCUUCAGCUGCUCCCUAGUUUCUCUAUUUUCCCACAUCUAGUUACACUAGUUUGCACACAUUUAUUCAACUGUAGACAUUUAUUUUCCUGUCCUCUGACACAGCUUUUUCAUAAUCAUUCUUUGUGCUUCUAGUUACCUUCCCUUUUUGAAUUACUUUGUUUAUUCACUAAGGUGGAAAAUAAAUCAGAAUUUAACCAAUUACUCUUUUUUUUGGUGGUGUUUUCUUUAUGAUUAUACACUCAUGUAAGGGCAAGAGAAAAAAGAUUGAUAACGGUAUUAUGAAACUAUGUUUUAUUUUGGCUGAUUCAACAAGGAACCCUGUGAUAUGGUAUAAUAAUCCAAAAAAAGUUUAUUUAAAAAAAUCUUUGUUUGUUUGUUCAUUAUAUUUCCAAUAGAAGAAUAUAAGAUAAGAUAUCAUGCUUGAGUAUUAUUCAAAGAAGAAACUCAUUAUGACAUUUCCUGUGAUCACAGGAGACAACUUAAAUAUUCCUCAAAACUGCUAAUGCUUUUUUAAUUAUAAGUUUAAAAAAAAAAAAAAGGAUCAUAACACACUAAAUUAAAUGUUAUAUUUAGAAAUGAGUCAUAAGAAGUGAUCAGUAGCUUUUUUUACUUUACCAAUGUCUUAUUUCUCUCCAAUAGGUUUUAUUAGACAGAAGGGUGAAGCUACUAGAUCAACCAUGGAUGAAACAGUAGAUGUAACGACAGAAGGUAACUCUCUUAUUAAAGCUGUUUAUCAAAGUCGACUACGCCUUACAAGAUUGUUGCUAGAAGGAGGAGCAUACAUCAAUGAGAGCAAUGAUCGUGGAGAAACCCCAUUGAUGAUCGCUUGCAAGACCAAGCAUGUAGACCACCAAAGUGUGAGCAAAGUAAAAAUGAUAAAAUAUCUGUUGGAAAAUAAUGCAGAUCCAAAUAUCCAAGAUAAAUUUGGAAAAACAGCCUUAAUGCAUGCAUGCCUGGAAAAUACUGGUGCUGAAGUGGUUUCUUUGCUUUUGGAAAGUGGCGCUGACCCCAGCAUCCAAGACCAAACUGGGUUCUCUGCACUGGUUUAUGCUGUGAAUUCCGAGGAUAAAGAGACUCUAAAGAUUCUACUCAAUGCUUGUAAAGCCAAAGGAAAAGAGGUAAUUAUUAUCACAACAGAUAAGUCUGCUUCUGGGCGGCAGACUACAAGACAAUAUCUAAACGUCCCACCAUCUCCAGGUGCAGAACAAUGCAAUUCUCCCAGUCCAUGUACAUCACCAUCAGAGAUUGAGUUGAAAACCUCUCCCACACCAAUUUCAACUGCUUGUGAAGCAGAAAAAGAACUCUUUAGUUUUAAAGAAGCUGAUACAUGUGGUGGGUUUAAGGGUUCCUCCGAGCCAGGAUCUCCAACAAGGAAACCUCAUAUAUCACAUGCUGGACCAAAGCUACCACUUCUCCAGCGUUUACACUCUGAACCUUGGCUGAAGAUACCACCUUCACUGUUACACCAACAUAAAGUAUCCUCUUUGCAUGAGGAGCUGCAAGAUAUCACACCAGAAGAGGAGCUCUCUCUUAAGAUGAGCAACUCAGUAUUAUCCAAGCGUUAUUUCACAAGACACCAGAGCAUUGAUGUUAAAGAUGCUGUCCAUCUUUUGAAAACUCUUGAAUCUGCAGGCCCAAGAAAGAUGUCCUGUGACGAGAUCCAUUCACAUUCACUAUAUAAUGAAAGCAUACCCACCAAAUCAGAGGUCCCAGUUGACCAAGACCCAGAUUCAAUGCAGGCAAUGUCUGUUUCAAGCUUAAAAAGUAUUGUUCAGAGACGAAAUUUAGGAGCAAAUCAUUACAGCUCUGACUCUCAACUCACGACCCGGUUGGGACCAAUUUCAUCAGAGGACAGCAAAUCUUUACUAGAAAAGAAGAAAAUGUUUUCUCCACCUUCCAUGCUGUUUGGCUCCAGAGAAUCUUUAGAGAAUGUUUCCGUAACAACAUUAAGCAGACGGAAUCAUGCCAUUUUAGAAAGGAGAGGUUCUGGAGCCUUACUCCUAGAUCACAUUGCUCAGACUAGGCCAGGGUUUCUUCCGCCUCUUAAUGUAAAUCCACACCCACCCAUCCCAGAUAUUAGUGGCCAUGGCAAAAUGAUCAAUGUUGUGUCUACAGCCACAAAACCUAUGAUUCCAUCAGCACCCCUAUUCCCAAAAGAAUCAAAAAGCAAGAAAAUGUUGCUUCGAAGGCAUUCAAUGCACACGGAACAAAUUAAACAACUUGUAAACUUUGAAGAGAUCCUUGGUUAGUACACCAUCCAAAGUAUGGCUUUUUAAAAAUCCCCUUGGAAGGUCUCUUUCCAAAUUGCACCUGCUGCACACCUGCUUCAGAUUUUUUCUGUAAAGAAAAAGCAUUCGUUCAGCUUAUGCUGGAUAAAUUAUUCAAGCAACGAGUGCUUGUUAUUUAGCAGUAAUUACAAUUUUUUGCUACAAUAUAAAUGAUUUACUGCUUUGUAUUUUGCAGUUUUCAUGAUCCUAGUAGACAACAUCAAAACGAUGCCUAGAAAGAAUGAAGCUACGAAGACUCUGGCUCAGGGGCCACCGAGUAUGAUGGAACGAGCAAUGGUCUAAUUUCUACCGAAAUGAGCCAUUUGCCAACUAGAAUACAUAUGAUUUUUACUUAGACUGAAAAUCUUGAUGGUAAUAAAUCUUUUAUAAGAUUUCCAAUUUUUGCACAGGACCCAGUUGGAUUUGUUCUGUUUUUAACGCAGGCAGCACUGUAUACACAGUUUAGUUGUUUUUUUUGUAAAAUAACGAAAAAUAGACUUCAUAUGAGCGUUAUAUUUCCUUAUCACUGUUCAGUAUUUUAAUGUUGCUUUUGUUUGCUAGACUAGGGGCCACACUAAACUCCUUGAGUGCCGUUACUUGGAUAUAGAUGCUCUAUAGCAUGUAGAGGCUAC